AUGGCCUGCCUGGUCAAGGUAGCUAUGGUUACAAGAUGAUUGUGGACAUUGCAUUAGGAAAAUCCUCAUUAACGAUGGAACAUUAAGAUGAUAACAAUGGGGUGUGUGACGGAUCCGGGGGGGAACUCCCUCUUUAGCGUUUGUCAUUCUCCCUUUUGGUAAUCUACUUUUGACACCUCAGAGGGCUACUGGUAACGCAUAGAUUUUGCUUCUGUUUGCUGUUGUCACGAACUGUAUGCUUUCUACCAACAUGUUGCUUUAAGGUAUUGAUGCAAUCUAAAAGGCCUCUUUUUAAAAGUGGAAGAUUAGGAGGAUUAAGGGAAGUUCUGACACACAAUUUAAACUUUGACCUGUCCACCUUAUGUCAACGGUGCCAUUGUAUGUCAUCAGUGCAUUCUGCUUCUCCUUUUUUUCAUUUCCUCCCAGAAUAAGGAGAAGGAGCGCAUGAGGGAGAGGGAGAAGGAGGCGCGGGACAGGGAGGCGCGCUACAGCAACGGGCAUCUCUUCACCUCCCUCACCGUGUCAGGGACCACCCUCUGUUCAGCAUGCAACAAGAGCAUCACUGCCAAGGAGGCCCUCAGCUGCCCCAGUGAGUACUACUAAUACUACUACAAAUUAAUACAACUACUAACACACACACACACACACACACACACACACACACACACACACACACACACACACACACACACACACACACACACACACAGCACCCCUAUAGUGGCCCUUAACUGUCCCAGUAAGCCUUGCCUACCCACCACAUCCUUCAGAUACAGACCUGAGCUACACAGCAUGUGUACCUCAGCAAACCAAAAGAGCACCUCUAAAACAUACCACACCCUGUACCUCUCUAAAACCCUAAAACGCUUUACAAAAAUGCAGCAUAAUCUAUCAGAACAUACAUUGUCACAUCACUCUAUAGUGGCAGAAUAUUGAGGGACUACCAAAGGGAACAACCUACACUAUACCAUUCCUUUACAACCAAAUCAACCUGUUAACGGGCCAAACAAGCUACAACACAGUAAUAAACGGCAAUGUGACUAUCAAUUCCAUUUAAAAUAGUUAUAUUAUGAACAUUGAUCUACAUGCAGUCAGAUAAUGGGUGAGAGUUGGAGAUGGAGAGCUUCACACCCACUCAUAAACACCUCUCCACUGCCAUCAUCACAGCCAAACUGGCCUAGAAGGAGCUGCAGCCCAAUGUGUUUUCAUUACAUUUGAUUUAACUGACAAAGAUUGUGCUGGAAUAUAUUUUCGUUUGUGUCUUAUUCUAAGUAUUUAUUUUGAAAUAUUUACAUUAUAGGAAUACAUUUUGACAAACAUUUCACACACAAAUAUAGACACAGUCCUGCACGUGUCCCCCCCCCCCCCCCCCCCCCCCCCCCCACACACACACACACACACACUCCCUUUCCUGUUAUGCCUUUAUACUUCACUUUUUCUGCUGGGUAGCAUUUCUUCAUUUCUCAACCAAACCUUAUAACAAACAGUCCCUGUGUUGUCAGGACUCCAUGCCCCUGUACACAGAUAAUAGCCCUGGUGUUGUGUCAGAACUGUGCACCCUGUGCUGGCCUGCACCAGGCUCUGCUCUGAUCUGUGUCGGUGGCAGGUGGUAACCACUAAUGUAGCCAGACGCUAACUCGGUACCUUGCAGGUUCUUCCUAUUUUGAGGGGGAGUUAUAGGUCAAAGGUUACUGUUUUUGUUUUAGUCUCAUGGCGUUGUUCAAAUUCCUAAUACUAAAUUAUGAAAUAUGGAAAUGCAUUCACGGUAACACUUAGGGGUUGGUAAGGAGGUGGUGAAUACCAUGGAUGCUAGUACACUUACACUCACCAGAUUUAGUUUGGCUUGAUUUCACUGCACCAAAUCAAACCGGUUAAUAAGUCAAAGCAGUCUGGAUUGCCUUCUUCAGUGUGUAACCCUACUAAUUUAAGUAGGCUUUAAGUCCAGAUUUGGGUCAGAGAAGUGUUAAGGGCGGGCGGUGGAGGACCAAUGAAACUGGGUUAGAGGGUUCCUAAACCCCCCUAGGUCUCUCCUCCCCUCCGCCAGUUGUGUCUAUACCCUAACGUCCUGUUCACAAACCCUGCACAGGAAAUGAAACAAUGGCCACAAACAAGGCAGGGGGGAUAAGUGCAAGAUGGGGGAGAGGGAAAGAGAAGUGGGAAGAGAGAAGGAGAUCCUCACCAUAUAUUAAAAGUGCUCCAUAUUCGAUAAAGGUUGACAAUAUAAAACAGAGGAACAAAUUGAGAGAGACAGAAAUAUACAUAUAGAGUAGGGGGGACAUUUAGAGUGAGGGCAGAGUGAGUGAGAGGAGAGAAAGAAAAUGUUAGAAAGAGUGAGUCACGUGUGUUUUCUUUUUCUCACAGCCUGCAGUGUAACCAUCCACAACCGCUGUCGAGACACGUUGCCCAACUGUACCAAAAUGAAACAGAGGGUAAGAAAUAAGAGGAUAUAUAGUAUUUGAUACACUGCCGAUUUUGCAGGUUUUCCUACUUACAACGCAUGUAGAGGUCUGUAAUUUUUAUCAUAGGUACACUUCAACUGUGAGAGACGGAAUCUAAAAAAAAAAUCCAGAAAAUCACAUUGUAUGAUUUUUAAGUAAUUAAUUUGCAUUGUAUUGCAUGACAUAAGUAUUUGAUCACCUACCAACCAGUAAGAAUUCCGGCUCUCACAGACCUGUUAGUUUUUCUUUAAGAAGCCCUCCUGUUCUCCACUCAUUACCUGUAUUAACUGCACCUGUUUGAACUCGUUACCUGUAUAAAAGACACCUGUCCACACACUCAAUCAAACAGACUCCAACAUCUCCACAAUGGCCAAGACCAGAGAGCUGUGUAAGGACAUCAGGGAUAAAAUUGUAGACCUGCACAAGGCUGGGAUGGGCUACAGGACAAUAGGCAAGCAGCUUGGUGAGAAGGCAACAACUGUUGGCACAAUUAUUAGAAAAUGGAAGAAGUUCAAGAUGACUGUCAAUCACCCUCGGUUUGGGGCUCCAUGCAAGAUCUCACCUCGUGGGGCAUCAAUGAUCAUGAGGAAGGUGAGGGAUCAGCCCAGAACUACACGGUAGGACCUGGUCAAUGACCUGAAGAGAGCUGGGACCACAGUCUCAAAGAAAACCAUUAGUAACACACUACGCCGUCAUGGAUUAAAAUCCUGCAGCGCACGCAAGGUCCCCCUGCUCAAGCCAGUGCAUGUCCAGGCCUGUCUGAAGUUUGCCAAUGACCAUCUGGAUGAUCCAGAGGAGGAAUGGGAGAAGGUCAUGUGGUCUGAUGAGACAAAAAUAGAGCUUUUUGGUCUAAACUCCACUUGCCGUGUUUGGAGGAAGAAGAAGGAUGAGUACAACCCCAAGAACACCAUCCCAACCGUGAAGCAUAGAGGUGGAAACAUCAUUCUUUGGGGAUGCUUUUCUGCAAAGGGGACAGGACGACUGCACCGUAUUGAGGGGAGGAUGGAUGGGGCCAUGUAUCGCGAGAUCUUGGCCAACAACCUCUUUCCCUCAGUAAGAGCAUUGAAGAUGGGUCGUGGCUGGUCUUCCAGCAUGACAACGACCCGAAACACACAGCCAGGGCAACUAAGGAGUGGCUCCGUAAGAAGCAUCUCAAGGUCCUGGAGUGGCCUAGCCAGUCUCCAGACCUGAACCCAAUAGAAAGUAUUUGGAGGGAGCUGAAAGUCUGUAUUGCCCAGCGACAGCCCCAAAACCUGAAGGAUCUGGAGAAGGUCUGUAUGGAGGAGUGGGCCAAAAUCCCUGCUGCAGUGUGUGCAAACCUGGUCAAGACCUACAGGAAACGUGUGAUCUCCGUAAUUGCAAACAAAGGUUUCUGUACCAAAUAUUAAGUUCUGCUUUUCUGAUAUAUCAAAUACUUAUGUCAUGCAAUAAAAUGCAAAUGAAUUACUUAAAAAUCAUACAAAGUGAUUUUCUUGAUUUUUUUUUAGAUUCCGUCUCUCACAGUUGAAGUGUACCUAUGAUAAAAAUUACAGACCUCUACAUGCUUUGUAAGUAGGAAACACUGCCGAUUUGGCAGGUUAUCAAAUACUUGUUCUCCCCACUGUAUGUAUGUAUGUGUGUGUAUAUAUAUAUAUAUAUAUAUAUAUAUAUAUAUAUACUAUAUAUAUAUACACACUAUAUACAGUGCAUUCGGUAAGUAUUCAGACCCUUUCACUUUUUCCACAUUUUGUUACGUUACAGCCUUAUUCUAAAAUGGAUAAAAUUGUUUUUUUCCCUCAUCAAUCUACACACAAUACCCCAUAAGACAAAGCAAAACAAGGUUUUUUGAAAUUUUAGCAAAUGUAUUCAAAAUACAAAACUGAAAUAUCACAUUGACGAAAGUAUUCAGACCCUUUACUCAGUACUUUGGUGAAGCACCUUUGGCAGCGAUUACAGCCUUGAGUGUUCUUGGGUAUAACGCUACAAGCUUGACACACCUGUAUUUGGGGAGUUUCUUCCAUUCUUCUCUGCAGAUCCUCUCAAGCUCUGUCAGACUGGAUGGGGAGCAUUGCUGCACAACUAUUUUAAGGUCUCUCCAGAGAUGUUCGAUCAGGUUCAAGUCCGGGCUCUGGCUGGGCAACUCAAGGACAUUCAGAGACUUGUCCCGAAGCCACUCCUGCGUUGUCUUGGCUGUGUGCUUAGGGUCAUUGUCCUGUUGGAAGGUGAACCUUCGCCCCAGUCUGAGGUCCUGAGCGCUCUGGAGCAGGUUUUCAUCAAGGAUCUCUCUGUACUUUUCUCCGUUCAUCCAUCCCUCAACCCUGACUAGUCUCCCAGUCCCUGCCACUGAAAAACAUCCCCACAGCAUGAUGCUGCCACCACCAUGCUUCACCAUAGGGAUGGUGUUGGCCAGGUGAUGAGCGGUGCAUGGUUUCCUCCAGACGUGACGCUUGGCAUUCAGGCCAAAGAGUUCAAUCUUGGUUUCAUCAGAACAGAGAAUCUUGUUUCUCAUGGUCUGAGAGUCCUUUUUAGGUGCCUUUUGGCAAACUCCAAGCAGACUGUCAUGUGCCUUUUACUGAGGAGUGGCUUCCAUCUGGCCACUCUACCGUAAAGGUCUGAUUUGGUGGAGUGUAGCAGAGAUGGUUGUCCUUCUGGAAGGUUCUCCGAUCUCCACAGAGGAGCUCUGUCAGAGUGACCAUCGGGUUCUUGGUCACCUCCCUGACCAAGGCCCUUCUGCCCCGAUUGCUCAGUUUGGCCAGGCGGCCAGCUCUAGGAAGAGUCGUGGUGGUUUCAAACUUCUUCCAUUUAAGAGUGAUUGAGGCCACUGUGUUCUUGGGGACCUUCAAUGCUGCAUAAAUGUUUUGGUACCCUUCCCCAGGUCUGUGCCUCGACACAAUUCUGUCUCUGAGCUCUACGGACAAUUCCUUCGACCUCAUGGCUUGGUCUCAUAGCAAAGGGUCUGAAUACUUAUGUAAAUAAUGUAUUUCUGUUUUUGUUUUUUUAUACAUUUGCAAAAAUGUCUACAAACCUGUUUUCGCUUUGUCAGUAUGGGGUAUUGUGUGUAGAUUGAGGGAUAAAAUAAUAAUAAUAAUCCAUAAUAGAUAAGGCUACAACUUAACAAAAUGUGGAAAAAGGGAAGAUGUCUGAACACUUUCCGAAUGCACUGUACAUAUGUGUGUUCACUGUACACAGGUCUUCCUACUUACAAAGCAUGUAGAGGUCUGUAAGACCUGCACAAGGCUAGGAUGGGCUACAGGACAAUAGGCAAGCAGCUUGGUGAGAAGGCAACAACUGUUGGCGCAAUUAUUAGAAAAUGGAAGAAGUUCAAGAUGACGGUCAAUCACCUUCGGUCUGGGGCUCCAUGCAAGAUCUCACCUCGUCACCUCAUCAAUGAUCAUGAGGAAGGUGAGGGAUCAGCCCAGAACUACACAGCAGGACCUGGUCAAUGACCUGAAGAGAGCUGGGACCACAGUCUCAAAGAAAACCAUUAGUAACACACAGUAGCACACGCAAGGUCCCCCUGCUCAAGCCAGCGCAUGUCCAGGCCCGUCUGAAGUUUGCCAAUGACCAUCUGGAUGAUCCAGAGGAGGAAUGGGAGAAGGUCAUGUGGUCUGAUGAGACAAAAAUAGAGCUUUUUGGUCCAAACUCCACUCGCCGUGUUUGGAGGAAGAAGAAGGAUGAGUACAACCCCAAGAACACCAUCCAAACCGUGAAGCAUGGAGGUGGAAACAUCAUUCUUUGGGGAUGCUUUUCUGCAAAGGGGACAGGACGACUGCAUCAUAUUGAGGGGAGGAUGGAUGGGGCCAUGUAUUGCGAGAUCUUGGCCAACAACCUCCUUCCCUCAGUAAGAGCUUGAAGAUGGGUCGUGGCUGGGUCUUCCAGCAUGACAACGACCCAAAACACACAGCCAGGGCAACUAAGGAGUGGCUCCGUAAGAAGCAUCUCAAGGUCCUGGAGUGGCCUAGCCAGUCUCCAGACCUGAACCCAAUAGAAAAUCUUUGGAGGGAGCUGAAAGUCCGUAUUGCCCAGCGACAGCCCCGAAACCUGAAGGAUCUGGAGAAGGUCUGUAUGGAGGAAUGGGCCAAAAUCCCUGCUGCAGUGUGUGCAAACCUGGUCAAGACCUACAGGAAACGUAUGAUCUCUGUAAUUGCAAACAAAGGUUUCUGUACCAAAUAUUAAGUUCUGCUUCUCUGAUGUAUGAAAUACUUAUGUCAUGCAAUAAAAUGCAAAUGAAUUACUUAAAAAUCAUACAAUGUGAUUUUCUGGAUUUUUGUUUUAGAUUCCGUCUCUCACAGUUGAAGUGUACCUAUGAUAAAAAUUACAGACCUCUACAUGCUUUGUAAGUAGGAAAACCUGUAAAAUCGGCAGUGUAUCAAAUACUUGUUCUCCCCAUCUAUCUAUGGAAGGGUGUGAGAACCAAGAGCCUCCUAGGUUUUGUAUUGAAGUCAAUGUACCAAGAGGAGGACGGAAGCUAGCUGUCCUCCGGCUAUACCAUGGUGCUACCCUACAACAGAGUGCUGUUGAGGCUACUGCAAAACAGUGUGUUUUAAUCAAUUAUCUGGUGACGUGAAUAUAUUUAGUAUAUUUUUUCAAUGUUUUACUAUUUUUAAUUUAAUGAAAUUCACUGAGGAGGAUGGUCCUCCCCUUCCUCCUCUGAGGAGCCUCCACUGGUUAUGUUGGAUUUGCCCCAAACAUAACACUUUGUAUUCAGGACAGUUAAUUUCUUUGCCACAUUUUUUGCAGUUUUACUCUAGUGCCUUAUUGCAAACAGGAUACAUGUUUUGGAAUAUUUUUAUUCUGUACAGGCUUCCACUCUGUCAUUUAGGUUAGUAUUGUGGAUUAACUACAAUGUUGUUAAUCCAGCCUCAGUUUUCUCCUAUUACAGCUAUUAAACUCUGUAACUGUUUUAGUCACCACUGGCCUCAUGGUGAAAUCCCUGAGCGGUUUCCUUCCUUUUUGGCAACUGAAUUAGGAAGGACGCCUGUAUCUUUGUAGUGACUGGGUGUAUUGAUACACCAUCCAAAGUGUAAUUAAUAACUUCACCAUGCUCAAAGGGAUAUUCAAGGUCUGUGUUUAUUAUUUUUACCCAUCUACCAGUAGGUGCCUUCAAAAGCGAGGCAUUGGAAAACCUCCCUGGUCUUUGGUUGAAUCAUGUUAAACACUAUUAUUGGACCAGAGAGUGUCCAUGCAACUUAUUAUGUGACUUGUUAAGCAAAUGUUUACUCCUGAACUUAUUUAGGCUUGCCAUAACAAAGGGGUUGAAUACUUAUUGACUCAAGAAAUUUCAGCUUUUCAUUUUUCAUUAAUUUGUAAAAAUGUCUAAAAACAUGAUCACACUUUGACAUUAUGGGGUAUUGUGUUUAGGCCAUUGAAACACAAUAUCAAUUUAUUCCAUUUUAAAUUAAGGCUGUAACACAACAAAAUGUGGAAAAGUCAAGGGGUGUGAAUACGUUCUGAAGACACUGUAUACAAGUAUGUAAUAAUAUGUGGUAUAUGAUAUUGAACUGUACUCUGUAACCACAGCAACAGAAGAUGGCUCUCAUGAGGAACAACUCAUCUCUGCAGAACGUGACCCUUCGUACCAAAAGUCAGUACAUGCAAACACGUGCGCACUCUACACACUUCAAAUUAUUUUUUACAUACGCAAAGAAAAACGUUUUUUCCACUAUUGAACUAGAAUGUAAUAACAAUGUCAGUUUUGCAAUUGAGCAAGAGUUACUGUAGUUUCACUUUUGAACUCUGAAAUUGCAUCUGAUUGCAUCUGUGGAGACUCCUUUUUCACUAUGAGUGUUUCCCUUUUACAAUAUUCCACUAUAUUCCUCUUCUCCUUCCUCCUCUAUUCCCUCCUCUUCUUCCUCCCCCUCUUCCUCCUACUCCUCUUCCCCCUACUCCUCUUCCCUGUCCUCCUCCUUUAUCUACUCCUCGUUAGCCCCCAUGAUGAGGGAACGCCCCAGCUCAGCCAUCUACCACUCUGACAAUCUCUGCCAAUCCCUGCUGGGCUCACGCCGCGGACGCUCCGGCCUUUCCCUCUCCAAGAGCGUCUCCACCAAUAACAUUGCAGGGUGAGCGCCGCCACCGCCUGCUCAUUGGCCAAAGCACAAAAAAGGGGAGGUUACGAGGGAAACCACAGGCAAUGUUGUCAUUGACAUUAAUAGUGACAUCAUGCCUAUAUAUGUCUGCCACAUAUACACUUUUCAGUAGAAAUGAAAGUCCCACUCACUAAUUAAUAUAUAUAUAUGUAUGUAUGUGUAUAUAUAUAUAUAUAUGUGUGUGUGUACAUGUACAGUCGUGGUCAAAAGUUAUGAGAAUGACACAAGUAUUGGUCUUCACAAAGUUUGCUGCUUCAGUGUUAUGGUCCCCUGUAGCUCAGUUGGUAGAGCAUGGCGCUUGCAAUACCAGGGCUGUGGGUUCGUUUCCCACAGGGGGCCAGUAUGAAAAAUUUAUGCACUCACUAAAUGUAAGUCGCUCUGGAUAAGAGCGUCUGCUAAAUGACUAAAAUGUAAACGUAAAAUGUUAUGAGAUAUUUUUGUCAGAUGUUACUAUGGUAUACUGAAGUAUAAUUACAAGCAUUCCAUAACUGUCAAAGGCUUUUAUUGACAAUUACAUUAAGUUUAUGCAAAGAGUCAAUAUUUGCAGUGUUGACCCUUCUUUUUCAAGACCUCUGUAAUCCGCCCUGGCAUGCUUUCAAUUAACUUCUGGUCCACAUCCUGCCUGAUGGCAGCCCAUUCUUGCAUAAUCAAUGCUUGGAGUUUGUCAGAAUUUGUUGGUUUUUGUUUGUCCACCCGCCUCUUGAGGAUCGACCACAAGUUCUCAAUGGGAUUAAGGUCUGGGGAGUUUCCUGGCCAUGGACCCAAAAUGUCGAUGUUUUGUUCCCCGAGCCACUUAGUUAUCACUUUUGCCUUAUGGCAAGGUGCUCCAUCAUGCUGGAAAAGGCAUUGGUCAUCACCAAACUGUUCUUGGAUGGUUGGGAGAAGUUGCUUUCGGAGGAUGUGUUGGUACCAUUCUUUAUUCAUGGCUGUGUUCUUAGGCAAAAUUAUGAGUGAGCCCACUCCCUUGGCUGAGAAGCAACCCCACACAUGAAUGGUCUCAGGAUGCUUUACUGUUGGCAUGACACAGGACUGAUGGUAGCGCUCACCUUGUCUUCUCCGGACAAGGUGUUUUCCAGAUGCCCCAAACAAUCGGAAAGGGGAUUAAUUAGAGAAAAUGACUUUACCCCAGUCCUCAGCAGUCCAAUCACUGUACCUUUUGCAGAAUAUCAGUCUGUCCCUGAUGUUUUUCCUGGAGAGAAGGGGCUUCUUUGUUGCCCUUCUUGACACCAGGCCAUCCUCCAAAAGUCUUCGCCUUACUGUGCGUGCAGAUGCACUCACACCUGCCUGCUGCCAUUCCUGAGCAAGCUCUGCACUGGUGGUGCCCCGAUCCCGCAGCUGAAUCAACUUUAGGAGACGGUCCUGGCGCUUGCUGGACUUCCUUGGGCGCCCUGAUGCCUUCUUCACAACAAUUGAACCUCUCUCCUUGAAGUUCUUGAUGAUCCGAUAAAUGGUUGAUUUAGGUACAAUCUUACUAGCAGCGAUAUCCUUGCCUGUGAAGCCCUUUUUGUGCAAAGCAAUGAUGACGGCACGUGUUUCCUUGCAGGUAACCAUGGUUAACAGAGGAAGAACAUUGAUUUCAAGCACCACCCUCCUUUUAAAGCUUCCAGUCUGUUAUUCUAACUCAAUCAGCAUGACAGAGGGAUCUCCAGCCGUGUCCUCGUCAACACUCUCACCUGUGUUAACAAGAGAAUCACUGAUAUGAUGGCAGCUGGUCCUUUUGUGGCAUGGCUGAAAUGCAGUGGGAAUGUUUUUUGGUGAUUAAGUUCAUUUUCAUGGCAAAGAGGGACUUUGCAAUUAAUUGCAAUUCAUCUGAUCACUCUUCAUGACAUUCUGGAGUAUAUGCAAAUUGCCAUCAUCAAAACCUGAGGCAGCAGACUUUGUGAAAAUUAGUAUUUGUGUCAUUCUCAACUUUUGACCACGACUGUAUAUAUAUGUGUUUGUGUGUGUGUGUGUGUGUGUGUGUGUGUGUGUGUGUGUAUAUAUAUACAUGUGUAUGUAUACAUAUAUAUACAUAUAUGUAUAUAUGUAUAUGUAUAUAUACACAUAUGUGUGUGUGUGUGUGUGUGUGUGUGUGUAUAGAUAUAUAUAUAUAUCUAUAUACACGGUGCAUUCGGAAAGUAUUGUUGUGGAAAUUCUAAAAAAUAAUGAGGAGAGACAAGGUCAAUCACCAAUCAGGAUAUUACUUUAUUAAUAAGGGAGCAGGUCACAACACAAACACAUGAAUAUAGUGAGUGCGCUGCAAUAAUGAGGCUGGCCGAGAGUUCUGACAUACAAAGAAUACAAAGGUAUUUUAUAGCAAAGAUACAACUUCUCAGUCUACAUGACAAACAGCAGAUGUGUGGAAUGGGUCAAAAGGUUAGGAUUUGUAUGAAAUAAAUGAAUAAUUCACAGAAGACAGUAUCUGCUGUGAAGACUGUUCUUAUUGUAUGCAAACCAGAGUUUGGCCCCUAAAACAAGGUUCCUCUCAUCAUUAUCCAUACCCAAGCCAUCUCCUCCCUUUUACUCCCAGUAUACAAACACCAACCCAUCCUAUGGAAUGCAGGCUCCCUCUCACACACCACUAAUCAUAGAAUGGAAUGUGGCUGUUGGUUUUAUCACCUAGCCAUCACUUAAUCAGUUGCCAGCCCAAGCUUCAGAGGCUCCUCUCAGUUCACACAGACACAGGAGAGAGUUCUAAGAACCAUAUUCUAUUGCAUAAAACAACCAUUUUGAUGCAUAAAGAGUAUUAAACAUAAUAUUAUAAUUGUUCUACCAUAGUACUCAGACCCCUUGACUUUAUCCACAUUUUGUUACGUUACAGCCUUAUUCUAAAAUUUAUUAAAUUAAUGUUUUUCUUCAUCAAUCUACACACAAUACCCCAUAAUGACAAAGUGAAAACAGAUUUGUAGAAAUUUUUGCAAAUGUAUUAAACUUAAAAACAGAAAUACCUUAUUUGCAUAAGUAUUCAGACCUUUUGCUAUGAGACUCGAAAUUGAGCUCAGGUGCAUCCUGUUUCCAUUGAUCAUCCUUGAGAUGUUUCUACAACUUCAUUGGUAAAUUCAAUUGAGUGGACUUGAUUUGGAAAGGCACACACCUGUCUAUAUAAGGUCCUGCAGUUGACAGUGCAUGUCAGAGCAAAAUCGAAGCCAUGAGGUGGAAGGAAUUGUCCGUAGAGCUCCGAGACAGGAUUGUGUCGAGGCACAGAUCUGGGGACGGGUACCAAAAAAUGUCUGCAGCAUUGAAGGUCCCCAAGAACACAGUGGCCUCCAUCAUUCUUAAAUGGAAGAAGUUUGGAACCACCAAGACUCUUCCUAGAGCUGGCCGCCCGGCCAAACUGAGCAAUCUGGGGAGAAGGGCCUUGGUCAGGGAGGUGACCAAGAACCUUAUGGUCACUCUGACAGAGCUCUAAAGUUCCUCUGUGGAGAUGGGAGAAUCUUCCUGAAGGACAAGCAUCUCUGCAGCACUCCACCAAUCAAGCAUUUAUGGUAGAGUGGCCAGACGGAAGCCCAUCCUCAGUAAAGGCCACAUGACAACCCGCUUGGAGUUUGCCAAAAAGCACAUAAAGGACUCUCAGACCAUGAGAAACAAGAUUCUCUGGUCUGAUGAAACCAAGCUUGAACUCUUUGGCCUGAAUGCAAAGCGUCACGUCUGGAGGAAACCUGGCACCAUCCCUACAGUGAAGCAUCAUGUUGUGGGGAUGUUUUUCAGUGGCAGGGACUGGGAGACUAGUCAGGAUCGAGGGAAAGAUGAACAGAGCAAAGUACAGAGAGAUCCUUGAUGGAAACCUGCUCCAGAGUGCUCAGGACCUCAGACUGGGGCGAAGGUUAACCUUCCAACAGGACAACGACCGUUAGCACACAGCCAAGACAACGCAGGAGUGGCUUCGGGACAAGUCUCUGAAUGUCCUUGAGUGGCCCAGUCAGAGCCCGGACUUGAAUCCGAUCUAACAUCUCUGGAGAGACCUGAAAAUAGCUGUGCAGCGACACUCUCCAUCCAACCUGACAGAGCUUGAGAGGAUCUGCAGAGAAGAAUGGGAAAAAACAAAACAAAUAAAGUUGUGCCAAGCUGUAUCGUCAGACCCAAGACUUGAGGCUGUAAUCGCUGCAAAAGGGGUCUGAAUAUUUUUUAAUUAUUUUUGUCAUUUAGCAGACGCUCUUAUCCAGAGCGACUUACAGUUAGUGAGUGCAUACAUUAUUUUUUUAUUUUAUUUUUCAUAAUGGCCCCCAAACCUGCUUUUUUGCAAUAGUCACUGAUUUGGCUUUCAAGUAUGUCUAUGAAAAUUCAAAUUUCGUUCAACAUUUAACCAGAACCAUGCAUAAUGCACAUUCACUAAUAAUUACCAACUUCUUGUAAUAGGCAUUAUAGAAAAUUUACACAGGUCUCCAUAUAAACAAUCUCUCAAGCACAAGCCCACGUGCUACUGAGUAGCCAGCUAAUCUUUAUAUUUAAAGUCUGGCCAACUUGGAUGUAUUUGCUAGCUAACAAGGUAGAACAGUUGAAUUGUUAUGAACACACCCUUCUGUCUGUCUCCAACUGUUUGAACAGCAUGCUAGCCUGUCCACUUUGUUCAUAUGUUGAACUCAAGUGGACUACCUUAUUUCUCAGAAUGAGAACAAGUAGCCAAUUCCUUAUAUAACUGCUCAUUGCACAUUUAUAAAACACAGACUAGACAGCUAGUAUAACAGUCUGUGGCUAAAAUGCUGCUAGCGGUACAUGGUAACGCAAUACCACGUGCGACAGAAACUGAGCAUUAGUUUUCCAGAAUCAAUGUUCAUUGAUACUCUCGUUUUAGUAGGGUCUGCUCUCUGCGCAAUUUGAGGAGCUGAGACAUAAAAAGGGUAUCGUUAGAAAGGUUAACUUCUCCUCUAUUACAGUAAAAUAAUGUCUCAAUGUGUUUCGGUGUCCAUAUGACCGGUUCUGUUCAAAAUGCAAGUAGUGAGUUGAAACCGUUUGUUGUCAGAGAGGAAGAAGUGAUCUUUCGUCUUUGUUGUUGUGAGUGGCAGGUGGAGGGGCUUGGUGUCUGUGUGCAAGUGCGAAUGUGUACACAGCACAGAAGGAGCAAAGGAGACGAGACCAAAAAGACAAAAGCUCAUAAAAACGAAUAAAAUAACAUUAGGACCUCGAUUCUUGCGAUACAGGCAUUUGGAACAUCACGCUAAAACAUAAAUUAGAAUGAAUCAAAUUAAUUACAUAUAUCGCCCAACCCUAAUUCAGCCUUCUAUUCCAUCUGUCUGCAACAAACGUUAAACAUUGUAUCAACUAUCAACUGGGUCCUGCCCGAAGCUCACGCUAUAGCAAACUUACACCAUUGUAUAAACUAUUCUGGGCCCUCAGAGUUUGCUGCACCAGUGAGCUCCGGACCAGGGCCACUGGAAAACAUGUGGCAAGGCGACAUUUGCCAUAGCACUUUUCAAUCAGAGUCAUGGAAAUCACAGGCUGCAGGCUCUUUGUAUGUGUUGUCCAUGGGAUGGACCACGGUAAUUAUUUGCUAGGAUAAUAAUUACUUGUCAAUAAAUUAAAUGUAAUGCAAUUGCAAUCCGGGUUAUAUGUUAAAAUCCUACGCACUGCCAACAUUAUUACGCAUAUUAAUUGAUAAUGAUGGAAAAUAAGAUAUGCAAGAUAUUUGAAUAGAUAUAUAUUUUUAAAUAGUUAUAUAGAGAGGUGACAGCAUUGGAAAUGCUUUUGGCGGUUAAUCUGCUUCUGUUUUGUGCAUGGCACUGUGUGCUGUUUUCAAUGGAUGGGUCCUGGCCUCUCGGGCCCUAGGGAUCCAGAGGGAUGUGGGUGGGAUGCCGAUCACUGGGAUGACGGCUCAACAUGGGAUGGGGAGGGGCUUUAGCGGGGGAAUUAUUGGUGAACAAUUGAAGGGAUACUUAGUAGCAAUGCAAAUAUCAUGGUACAGCUAUAUGGACACUCAAUCAUUACGGUAUUUUUUAUUGGUAAAUUUACAAACAUAUAUAAUGAUAAAUAGACUUGAAACUUGUAUCUCAUUAUGGUGUAUGGUGAAAUAAGUAUAGCCAGUUAUAAUUGUAAUGGCUUAGCUGAUAAUAACAAAAGAAGAACAAUAUUUACAUGGCUCAAAGAGAAGGAAUAUAAUAUCUAUUGUGUACAGGAAACUCAUUCAACAAUUCUAGAUGAAGUUGCGUGGGAAAAGGAAUGGGGGGGGGGGGGCGAAAUAUACUUCUCCCAUGGGCAAAGAAAUUCAAAAGGGGUGAUGAUAUUAAUUUAUAGUAAUUUCGAUCCGAAUGCACGAAAUUAUUUUUUUAUCUUCAACAUAGGAAUGCUACCAAAAAUAAUUUAAAGAAACUGGUUACAAUUGACGGAGUAACCCAUGAUUCACCAAAUUAUAUUUUGAAGGAGGAAACAAGGUACUUUAAGCAAAUGUUUUCGUUUCAGUCGCCUACAUCUCCUCUAACGGAAGCUAAUUGUAGAGAUUUUUUUUCUAUUGAUAAUGUAAAAUUAACAGCCAAACAGAAAGACUCAUGUGAGGGUGAAAUUACAGAGGAGGAACUUCUGGAUGCAAUUAAAGACUUUAAGUCCGGGAAAACUCCAGGGUUGGAUGGCAUACCAGUCGAAGUAUACCAAACCUUUUUUGAUAUACUAAGAGGACCGUUAUUAGCAUGUUUUAACCACACCUAUGUAAAUGGUAGAUUAUCUGACACUCAAGAAGAAGGUCUGAUCUCAUUACUACUGAAACAGGAUACAAGUGGAAAAUAUAAAGAUCCAGUCCAUUAAAAAAAUUGGAGGCCCCUUAAACUUCAGUGUUGUGAUGCAAAAAUUCUAGCAAAAUGUAUAGCGCAUAGAAUUAAAAAGGUAUUGUCGGAUAUUAUUCAUUCUAAUCAGACAGGUUUUUUACAUGGAAGAUACAUUGGAGAUAAUAUAAGGCAAGUUUUGGAAACAAUAGAACAUCUUGGAAAAUCUGAGAAACCAGGCCUGCUAUUCAUAGCAGACUUGUAAAAGGCAUUUGAUAAAGUACGACUGGGGUUUAUAUAUAAAUGCCUGGAGCAUUUGAAUUUUGGUGAAUCUCUUAUAAAAUGGGUCAAAAUCAUGUAUAGUAACCGUAGGUGUAAAAUAGUAAAUAAUGGCUAUUUCUCAGAAAGUUUUAAACUGUCAAGAGGAGUGAAACAAGGUUGUCCACUAUCGGCAUAUCUAUUUAUUCUGGCCAUCGAGAUGUUGACUAUUAAAAUCAGAUCCAACAAUAAUAUCAGGGGAUUAGAAAUCCAGUGCUUAAAAACAAAGGUGUCAUUGUACGCUGAUGAUUCAUGUUUUCUUUUAAAUCCACAACUAGAAUAUACUCCACAGCCUCAUAGAGGAUCUAGAUACAUUUUCUAACCGCUCUGGAUUACAACCAAAUUAUGACAAAUGUACUAUAUUACGUAUUGGAUCAAUAAAAAAUAAAAAAUGUACAUUGCUAUGUAGUUUACCAAUAAAAUGGUCUGAUGGUGAUGUGGAUAUACUCGGAAUACAUAUCCCAAAGGAAAUAAAUGAUCUCACUUCAAUAAAUUAUAAUAGAAAGUUAGCAAAAAAAGAUAAGAUCUUGCUACCAUGGAAAGGUGGGUGCCUGUCAAUUUGUGGAAAAAUCACCCUGAUUAACUCUUUAGUAUUAUCCCAGUUUACCCAUUUGUUUAUGGUCUUGCCUACGCCUAGCGAACAGUUUUUUUAAUUACAGUGAGGGAAAAAAGUAUUUGAUUCCCUGCUGAUUUUGUACGUUUGCCCACUGACAAAGACAUGAUCAGUCUGUAAUUUUAAUGGUAGGUUUAUUUUAACAGUGAGAGACAGAAUAACAACAAAAAAAUCCAGAAAAACGCAUGUCAAAAAUGUUAUGAAUUGAUUUGCAUUUUAAUGAGGGAAAUAAGUAUUUGACCCCUCUGCAAAACAUGUCUUAGUACUUGGUGGCAAAACCCUUGUUGGCAAUCACAGAGGUCAGACGUUUCUUGUAGUUGGCCAGCAGGUUUGCACACAUCUCAGGAGGGAUUUUGACCCACUCCUCUUUGCAGAUCUUCUCUGUCAUUAAGGUUUCGAGGCUGACGUUUGGCAACUCGAACCUUCAGCUCCCUCCACAGAUUGUCUAUGGGAUUAAGGUCUGGAGACUGGGCAGGCCACUCCAGGACCUUAAUGUGCUUCUUCUUGAGCCACUCCUUUGUUGCCUUGGCCGUGUGUUUUGGGUCAUUGUCAUGCUGGAAUACCCAUCCACGACCCAUUUUCAAUGCCCUGGCUGAUGGAAGGAGGUUCUCACCACGUCCAUCAUCCCUUUGAUGUGGUGAAGUUGUCCUGUCCACUUAGCAGAAAAACACCCCCAAAGCAUAAUGUUUCCACAUCCAUGUUUGACGGUGGGGAUGGUGUUCUUGGGGUCAUAGGCAGCAUUCCUCCUCCUCCAAACACAGCGAGUUGAGUUGAUGCCAAAGAGCUCGAUUUUGGUCUCAUCUGACCACAACACUUUCACCCAGUUCUCCUCUGAAUCAUUCAGAUGUUCAUUGGCAAACUUCAGACGGGCAUGUACAGUGGGGAAAAAAAAAUAUUUAGUCAGCCACCAAUUGUGCAAGUUCUCCCACUUUAAAAGAUGAGAGAGGCCUGUAACAUUCAUCAUAGGUACACGUCAACUAUGACAGACAAAUGAGAGAAAAAAAUCCUGAAAAUCACAUUGUAGGAUUUUUAAUGAAUUUCUUUGCAAAUUAUGGUGGAAAAUAAGUAUUUGGUCAAUAACAAAAGUUUCUCAAUACUUUGUUAUAUACCCUUUGUUGGCAAUGACACAGGUCAAACAUUUUCUGUAAGUCUUCACAAGGUUUUCACACACUGUUGCUGGUAUUUUGGCCCAUUCCUCCAUGCAGAUCUCCUCUAGAGCAGUGAUGUUUUGGGGCUGUCGCUGGGCAACACGGACUUUCAACUCCCUCCAAAUAUUUUCUAUGGGGUUGAGAACUGGAGACUGGCUAGGCCACUCCAGGACCUUGAAAUGCUUCUUACGAAGCCACUCCUUCGUUGCCCGGGCGGUGUGUUUGGGAUCAUUGUCAUGCUGAAAGACCCAGCCACGUUUCAUCUUCAAUGCCCUUGCUGAUGGAAGGAGGUUUUAACUCAAAAUCUCACAAUACAUGGCCCCAUUCAUUCUUUCCUUUACACGGAUCAGUCGUCCUGGUCCCUUUGCAGAAAAACAGCCCCAAAGCAUGAUGUUUCCACCCCCAUGCUUCACAGUAGGUAUGGUGUUCUUUGGAUGCAACUCAGCAUUCUUUGUCCUCCAAACACGACGAGUUGAGUUUUUACCAAAAAGUUCUAUUUUGGUUUCAUCUGACCUUAUGACAUUCUCCCAAUCCUCUUCUGGAUCAUCCAAAUGCACUCUAGCAAACUUCAGACGGGCCUGGACAUGUACUGGCUUAAGCAGGGGGACAUGUCUGGCACUGCAGGAUUUGAGUCCCUGGCGGCGUAGUGUGUUACUGAUGGUAGGCUUUGUUACUUUGGUCCCAGCUCUCUGCAGGUCAUUCACUAGGUCCCCCCGUGUGGUUCUGGGAUUUUUGCUCACCGUUCUUGUGAUCAUUUUGACCGCACAGGGUGAGAUCUUGCGUGGAGCCCCAGAUCGAGGGAGAUUAUCAGUGGUCUUGUAUGUCUUCCAUUUCCUAAUAAUUGCUCCCACAGUUGAUUUCUUCAAACCAAGCUGAUUACCUAUUGCAGAUUCAGUCUUCCCAGCCUGGUGCAGGUCUACAAUUUUGUUUCUGGUGUCCUUUGACAGCUCUUUGGUCUUGGCCAUAGUGGAGUUUGGAGUGUGACUGUUUGAGGUUGUGGACAGGUGUCUUUUAUACUGAUAACAAGUUCAAACAGGUGCCAUUAAUACAGGUAACGAGUGGAGGACAGAGGAGCCUCUUAAAGAAGAAGUUACAGGUCUGUGAGAGCCAGAAAUCUUGCUUGUUUGUAGGUGACCAAAUACUUAUUUUCCACCAUAAUUUGCAAAUAAAUUCAUAAAAAAUCCUACAAUGUGAUUUUCUGGAAUUUUUUUCCUCAUUUUGUCUGUCAUAGUUGACUUGUACCUAUGAUGAAAAUUACAGGCCUCUCUCAUCUUUUUAAGUGGGAGAACUUGCACAAUUGGUGGCUGACUAAAUACUUUUUUCCCCCACUGUAUGUGCUUUCUUGAGCAGGGGGACCUUGCGGGCGCUGCAGGAUUUCAGUCCUUCACGGCGUAGUGUGUUACCAAUUGUUUUCUUGGUGACUAUGGUCCCAGCUGCCUUGAGAUCAUUGACAAUAUCCUCCUGUGUAGUUCUGGGCUGAUUCCUCACCGUUGUCAUGAUCAUUGCAACUCCACGAGGUGAGAUCUUGCAUGGAGCCCAAGGCCGAGGGAGAUUGACAGUUAUUUUGUGUUUCUUCCAUUUGCGAAUAAUCGCACCAACUGUUGUCACCUUCUCACCAAGCUGUUUGGCGAUGGUCUUGUAGCCCAUUCCAGCCUUGUGUAGGUCUACAAUCUUGUCCCUGACAUCCUUGGAGAGCUCUUUGGUCUUGGCCAUGGUGGAGAGUUUAGAAUCUGAUUGAUUGAUUGCUUCUGUGGACAGGUGUCUUUUUUACAGGUAACAAACUGAGAUUAGGAGCACUCCCUUUAAGAGUGUAUUCCUAAUCUCAGCUCGUUACCUGUAUAAAAGAGACCUGGGAGCCAGAAAUCUUUCUGAUUGAGACGGGGUCAAAUACUCCUUUCCCUCAUUUAAAUGCAAAUCAAUUUAUAACAUUUCUGACAUGCAUUUUUCUGGAUUUUUUUGUUGAUAUUCUGUCUCUCACUGUUCAGACAAACGUACCAAUAAAAUUAUAGACUGAUCAUUUCUUUGUCAGUGGGCAAACGUACAAAAUCAGCAGGGGAUCAAAUACUUUUUUCCCUCACUGUACAUACAUACAUAUAUACAUACAUACAUACAUACAUACAUACAUACAUACAUACAGUGGGGAGAACAAGUAUUUGAUACACUGCCGAUUUUGCAGGUUUUCCUACUUACAAAGCAUGUAGAGGUCUGUCAUUUUUAUCAUAGGUACACUUCAACUGUGAGAGACGGAAUCUAAAACAAAAAUCCAGAAAAUCACAUUGUAUGAUUUUUAAGUAAUUAAUUUGCAUUUUAUUGCAUGACAUAAGUAUUUGAUCACCUACCAACCAGUAAGAAUUCCGGCUCUCACAGACCUGUUAGUUUUUCUUUAAGAAGCCCUCCUGUUCUCCACUCAUUACCUGUAUUAACUGCACCUGUUUGAACUCGUUACCUGUAUAAAAGACACCUGUCCACACACUCAAUCAAACAGACUCCAACCUCUCCACAAUGGCCAAGACCAGAGAGCUGUGUAAGGACAUCAGGGAUAAAAUUGUAGACCUGCACAAGGCUGAGAUGGGCUAAAGGACAAUAGGCAAGCAGCUUGGUGAGAAGGCAACAACUGUUGGCGCAAUUAUUAGAAAAUGGAAGAAGUUCAAGAUGACGGUCAAUCACCCUCGGUCUGGGGCUCCAUGCAAGAUCUCACCUCGUGGGGCAUCAAUGAUCAUGAGGAAGGUGAGGGAUCAGCCCAGAACUACACGGCAGAACCUGGUCAAUGACCUGAAGAGAGCUGGGACCAGUCUCAAAGACAACCAUUAGUAACACACUACGCCGUCAUGGAUUAAAAUCCUGCAGCACACGCAAGGUCCCCCUGCUCAACCCAGCGCAUGUCCAGGCCCGUCUGAAGUUUGCCAAUGACCAUCUGGAUGAUCCAGAGGAGGAAUGGGAGAAGGUCAUGUGGUCUGAUGAGACAAAAAUAGAGCUUUUUGGUCUAAACUCCACUCGCCAUGUUUGGAGGAAGAAGAAGGAUGAGUACAACCCCAAGAACACCAUCCCAACCAUGAAGCAUGGAGGUGAAAACAUCAUUCUUUGGGGAUGCUUUUCUGCAAAGGGGACAGGACGACUGCACCGCAUUGAGGGGAGGAUGGAUGGGGCCAUGUAUCGCGAGAUCUUGGCCAACAACCUCCUUCCCUCAGUAAGAGCAUUGAAGAUGGGUCGUGGCUGGGCCUUCCAGCAUGACAACGACCCGAAACACACAGCCAGGGCAACUAAGGAGUGGCUCCGUAAGAAGCAUCUCAAGGUCCUGGAGUGGCCUAGCCAGUCUCCAUUCCUGAACCCUUUGAAGGGAGCUGAAAGUCCGUAUUGCCCAGCGACAGCCCCGAAACCUGAAGGAUCUGGAGAAGGUCUGAAUGGAGGAGUGGGCCAAAAUACCUGCUGCAGUGUGUGCAAACCUGGUCAAGACCUACAGGAAACGUAUGAUCUCUGUAUUUGCAAACAAAGGUUUCUGUACCAAAUAUUAAGUUCUGCUUUUCUGAUGUAUCAAAUACUUAUGUCAUGCAAUAAAAUGCAAAUUAAUUACUUAAAAAUCAUACAACGUGAUUUUCUGGAUUUUUGUUUUAGAUUCCGUCUCUCACAGUUGAAGUGUACCUAUGAUAAAAAUUACAGACCUCUACAUGCUUUGUAAGUAGGAAAACCUGCAAAAUCGGCAGUGUAUCAAAUACUUGUUCUCCCCACUGUACAUACAGUUGAAGUCGGAGGUUUACAUACACCUUUGUCAAAUACAUUUAAACUCAGUUUUUCACAAUUCCUGACAUUUAAAUUUAGUAAAAAUUCCCUCUCUUAGGUCAGUUAGGAUCACCACUUUAUUUUAAGAAUGUGAAAUGUCAGAAUAAUAGUAGAGAGUGAUUUAUUUCAGCUUUUAUUUCUUUCAUCACAUUCACAGUGGGUCAGAAGUAUACAUACACUCAAUUAGUAUUUGGUAGCAUUGCCUUUAAAUUGUUUAACUUGGGUCAAACGUUUCGGGUAGCCUUCCACAAGCUUCCCACAAUAAGUUGGGUGAGUUUUGGCCCAUUCCUCCUGACAGAGCUGGUCAGGUUUGUAGGCCUCCUUGCUCGCACACACUUUUUCAGUUCUGCCCACACAUUUUCUAUAGGAUUGAGAUCAGGGCUUUGUGAUGGCCACUCCAAUACCUUGACUUUUAUGUCCUUAAGCCAUUUUGCCACAACUUUGGAAGUAUGCUUGGGGUCAUUGUCCAUUUGGAAGACCCAUUUGCGACCAAGCUCUAACUUCCUGACUGAUGUCUUGAGAUGUUGCUUCAAUAUAUCCACAUAAUUUUCCUUCCUCAUGAUGCCAUCUAUUUUGUGAAGUGCACCAGUCCCUCCUGCAGCAAAGCACCCCCACAGCAUGAUGCUGCCACCCCUGUGCUUCACGGUUGGGAUGGUGUUCUUCGGCUUGCAAGCUACCCCCUGUUUCCUCCAAAUAUAACGAUGGUCAUUACGGCCAAACAGGUCUAUUUUUGUUUCAUCAGACCAGAGAACUUUUCUCCAAAAAGUUUGAUCUUUGUCCCCAUGUUCAGUUGCAAACCGUAGUCUGGCUUUUUUAUGGCGGUUUUGGAGCAGUGGCUUCUUCCUUGCCGAGCGGCCUUUCAGGUUAUGUCGAUAUAGGACUCGUUUUACUGUGAAUAUUGAUACUUUUGUACCUGUUUCCUCCAGUAUCUUCACAAGUUCCUUUGCUGUUGUUCUGUGAUUGAUUUGCACUUUUCGCACCAAAGUACGUUCAUCUCUAGCAGACAGAACGCGUCUCCUUCCUGAGCGGUAUGAUGGCUGCGUGGUCCCAUGGUGUUUAUACUUCCGUACUAUUGUUUGUACAGAUGAACGUGGUACCUUCAGGCAUUUGGAAAUUAAUCCCAAGGAUGAACCAGACUUGUGGAUGUCUACAAUAAUUUUUCUGAGGUCUUGGCUGAUUUCUUUUGAUUUCCCCAUGAUGUCAAGCAAAGAGGCACUGAGUUUGAAGGUAGGCCUUGAAAUACAGCAACAUGUACACCUCCAGUUGACUGAAAUGAUGUCAAUUAGCAUAUCAGAAGCUUCGAAAGCCAUUACAUCAUUUUCUGGAAUUUUCCAAGCUGUUUAAAGGCACAGUCAACUUAGUGUAUGUAAACCUCUGACCCACUGGAAUUGUGAUACAGUGAAUUAUAAGUGAAAUAAUCUGUCUGUAAACAAUUGUUGGAAAAAUUACUUGUGUCAUGCACAAAGUAGAUGUCCUAACCGACUUGCCACUUGAGUAGGUGUGUUUUAGCACACCUACUCAUUCAAGAGUUUUACUUAAUUGUAGAAUAAUAGUGAAGACAUCAAAACUAUGAAAUAACACAUAUGGAAUCAUGUAGGAACCAACAAAGUGUUAAACAAAUCAAAAUAUAUUUUAUACUUGAGAUUCUUCAAAUAGCCACCCUUUGCCUUGAUGACAGCUUUGCACACUCUGUGCAACCUGUCCAGUCAUGUGAAAUCUAUAGAUUAAGGCCUAACAAAUGUAUUUCAAUUGACUGAUUUCCUUAUAUGAACUGUAACUCAGUAAAAUCUUUGAAAUUGUUGCAUGUUGCGUUUAUAUUUUUGUUCAGUGUAUAUAUACAGUACCAGUCAAAAGUUUGGACACACCUACUCAUUCAAGGGUUUUUCUUUAUUUUUACUAUUUUCUACAUUGUAGAAUAAUAGUGAAGACAUCAACACUAUGAAAUAACGCAUAUGGAAUCAUGUAGUAACCAGAAAAGUGUUAAACCAAUCAAAAUAUAUUUUAUAUUUGAGAUUCUUCAAAUAGCCACCCUUUGCCUUGAUGACAGCUUUGCACACUCUUGGCAUUCUCUCAACCAGCCAAGAAACACGAGCAAUGGACUUUAGACCGGUGGAAAUGUGUCCUUUGGUCUGAAAUUUGAGAUUUUUGGUUCCAACCGCUGUGGCUUUGUAAGAAGCGGUGUGGGUGAACGGAUGAUCUCAGCAUGUGUAGUUCCCACCGUAAAGCAUGGAGGAGGAGGUGUUAUGGUGUGGGGGUGCUUUGCUGGUGACACUGUCUGUGAUUUAUUUAGAAUUCAAGGCACACUUAACCAGCAUGGCUACCACAGCAUUCUGCAGCGAUACGCCAUCCCAUCUGGUUUGGGCUUAGUGGGACUAUCAUUUGUUUUUCAACAGGACAAUGACCCAACACACCUGCAGGCUGUGUAAGGGCUAUUUGACCAAGAAGGAGAGUGAUGGAGUGCUGCAUCAGAUGACCUGGCCUCCACAAUCCCCCGACUUCAAUCCAAUUGAGAUGGUUUGGGAUGAGUCACACCGCAGAGUGAAGUAAAAGCAGCCAACAAGUGCUCAGCAUAUGUGGGAACUCCUUCAAGACUGUUGGAAAAGCAUUCCAGGUCAAGCUGGUUGAGAGAAUGCCAGGAGUGUGCAAAGCUGUCAUCAAGGCAAAGGGUGGCUAUUUGAAGUAUCUCAAAUAUAAAAUAUAUUUUGAUUUGUUUAACACUUUUUUGGUUCCUACAUGACUCCAUAUGUGUUAUUUUAUAGUUUUGAUGUCUUCACUAUUAUUCUACAAUGUAAAAAAUUGUAGAAAUAAAGAAAAACCCUUGAAUUAGUAGAUGUGUCCAAACUUUUGACUGGUAGUGUGUGUGUGUGUGUGUGUAUAUGUAUAUAUAUAUAUUACUGUAUCGAUAUCUCUUUGUACUUUUGUUGUUUUCUGUGUUCUCAUACAUACUUAUGUGGAUGGUUUCUGUGUGUGUAUACUGCACGUGCAUGUGAAUAUUAUACAUGUUUCUUGGUGCAUGUGUAUAUAUGUAUAUUUGUGUUUUUGUCCUGGUGUGUGUAUGUGUCCUCGUCCAUGCCUCGGUAUAGGAACCUGAAUGAUGACUCUCCCUUGGGGCUGCGCAGGAUCCUGUCCCAGUCCACAGACUCGCUCAACUUCAGGAACAGAGCUAUGUCCAUGGAGUCGCUCAACGACGAGGGUAAGACACAGUGAUGUGGUUGUGACUUCCUGGGAUUGAAUGUGGGACAUUUGUGCUCUAUAUUUGCUACAAAUCUUAAGCCUAGGCAUACAGAUUGUGUAGUUUAUGCAAGUCUUUGGGUCUGGGACAAGGUUGCAUCCGUUACAUAGUGAAAGUCUCAGGGAUUUCGGGUAGAGGGUAAAAGGGAUAUUGGCAACUGUCAUGUCAUCAUAUCUAUGUCUACAGUGGGGAGAACAAGUAUUUGAUACACUGCCGAUUUUGCAGGUUUUCCUACUUAUAAAGCAUGUAGAGGUUUGUAAUUUUUAUCAUAGGUAAACUUCAACUGUGAGAGACGGAAUCUAAAACAAAAAUCCAGAAAAUCACAUUGUAUGAUUUUUAAGUAAUUAAUUUGCAUUUUAUUGCAUGACAUACGGUGAGGGGGAAAAAAGUAUUUGAUCCCCUGCUGAUUAUGUACGUUUGCCCACUGACAAAGAAAUGAUCAGUCUAUAAUUUUAAUGGUAGCUUUAUUUGAACAGUGAGAGACAGAAUAACAACAAUAAAAUCCAGAAAAACGCAUGUCAAAAAUGUAAUAAAUUGAUUUGCAUUUUAAUGAGGGAAAUAAGUAUUUGACCCCCUCUCAAUCAGAAAGAUUUCUGGCUCCCAGGUGUCUUUUAUACAGGUAACGAGCUGAGAUUAGGAGCACACUCUUAAAGGGAGUGCUCCUAAUCUCAGCUUGUUACCUGUAUAAAAGACACCUGUCCACAGAAGCAAUCAAUCAAUCAGAUUGCAAACUCUCCACCAUGGCCAAUACCAAAGAGCUCUCCAAGGAUGUCAGGGACAAGAUUGUAGACCUACACAAGGCUGGAAUGGGCUACAAGACCAUCGCCAAGCAGCUUGGUGAGAAGGUGACAACAGUUGGUGCGAUUAUUCGCGAAUGGAAGAAACACAAAAUAACUGUCAAUCUCCCUGGGCCUGGGGCUCCAUGCAAGAUCUCACCUCGUGGAGUUGCAAUGAUCAUGAGAAUGGUGAGGAAUCAGCCCAGAACUACACGGGAGGAUCUUGUCAAUGAUCUCAAGGCAGCUGGGACCAUAGUCACCAAGAAAACAAUUGGUAACACACUACGCCGUGAAGGACUGAAAUCCUGCAGCGCCCGCAAGGUCCCCCUGCUCAAGAAAGCACAUAUACAGGCCCGUAAGAAGUUUGCCAAUGAACAUCUGAAUGAUUCAGAGGAGAACUGGUUGAAAGUGUUGUGGUCAGAUGAGACCAAAGUGGAGCUCUUUGCCAUCAACUCAACUCGCAGUGUUUGGAGGAGGAGGAAUGCUGCCUAUGACCCCAAGAACACCAUCCCCACCGUCAAACAUGGAGGUGUAAACAUUAUGCUUUGGGGGUGGACAGGACAACUUCACCGCAUCAAAGGGACGAUGGAUGGGGCCAUGUACCGUCAAAUCCCUCAGCCAGGGCAUUGAAAAUGGGUCGUGGAUGGGUAUUCCAGCAUGACAAUGACCCAAAACACACGGCCAAGGCAACAAAGGAGUGGCUCAAGAAGAAGCACAUUAAGGUCCUGGAGUGGCCUAGCCAGUCUCCAGACCUUAAUCCCAUAGACAAUCUGUGGAGGGAGCUGAAGGUUCGGAAUUGCCAAACGUCAGGCUCGAAUCCUUAAUGACUUGGAGAAAAUCUGCAAAGAGGAGUGGGACAAAAUCCCUCCUGAGAUGUGUGCAAACCUGGUGGCCAACUACAAGAAACGUCUGACCUCUCUGAUUACCAACAAGGGUUUUGCCACCAAGUACUAAGUCAUGUUUUGCAGAGGGGUCAAAAACGUAUUUCCCUCUUUCAAAUGCAAAUCAAUUUAUAACAUUUUUGAUUAGCAUUUUUCUGGAUUUUUUUGUUGUUAUUCUGUCUCUCACUGUUCAAAUAAACCUACCAUUAAAAUUAUAGACUGAUCAUGUCUUUGUCAGUGGGCAAACGUACAAAAUCAGCAGGUCAUCAAAUACUUUUUUCCCUCACUGUAAGUAUUUCAUCACCUACCAACCAGUAAGAAUUCUGGCUCUCACAGACCUGUUAGUUUUUCUUUAACAAUCCCUCCUGUUCUCCACUCAUUACCUGUAUUAACUGCACCUGUUUGAACUCGUUACCUGUAUAAAAGACACCUGUCCACACACUCAAUCAAACAGACUCCAACCUCUCCACAAUGGCCAAGACCAGAGAGCUGUGUAAGGACAUCAGGGAUACAAUUCUAGACCUGCACAUGGCUGGGAUGGGCUACAGGACAAUAGGCAAGCAGCUUGGUGAGAAGGCAACAACUGUUGGCGCAAUUAUUAGAAAAUGGAAGAAGUUCAAGAUGACGGUCAAUCACCCUCGGUCUGGGGCUCCAUGCAAGAUCUCACCACGUGGGGCAUCAAUUAUCAUGAGGAAGGUGAGGGAUCAGCCCAGAACUACACGGCAGGACCUGGUCAAUGACCUGAAGAGAGCUGGGACCACAGUCUCAAAGAAAACCAUUAGUAACACACUACGCCGUCAUGGAUUAAAAUCCUGCAGCGCACGCAAGGUCCCCCUGCUGAAGCCAGCGCAUGUCCAGGCCCGUCUGAAGUUUGCCAAUGACCAUCUGGAUGAUCCAGAGGAGGAAUGGGAGAAUGUCAUGUGGUCUGAUCAUACAAAAAUAGAGCUUUUGAUCUAAACUCCACUCGCCGUGUUUGGAGGAAGAAGAAGGAUGAGUACAACCCCAAGAGCACCAUCCCAACCGUGAAUAAUGGAGGUGGAAACAUCAUUCUUUGGGGAUGCUUUUCUGCAAAGGGGACAGGACGACUGCACCAUAUUGAGGGGAGGAUGGAUGGGGCCAUGUAUCGCGAGAUCUUGGCCAACAACCUCCUUCCCUCAGUAAGAGCAUUGAAGAUGGGUCGUGGCUGGGUCUGCCAGCAUGACAACGACCUGAAACACACAGCCAGGGCAACUAAGGAGUGGCUCUGUAAGAAGCAUCUCAAGGUCCUGGAGUGGCCUAGCCAGUUUCCAGACCUGAACCCAAUAGAAAAUCUUUGGAGGGAGCUGAAAGUCCUUAUUGCCCAGCGACAGCCCCGAAACCUGAAGGAUCUGGAGAAGGUCUGAAUGGAGGAGUGGGCCAAAAUACCUGCUGCAGUGUGUGCAAACCUGGUCAAGACCUACAGGAAACGUAUGAUCUCUGUAAUUGCAAACAAAGGUUUCUGUACCAAAUAUUAAGUUCUGCUUUUCUGAUGUAUCAAAUACUUAUGUCAUGCAAUAAAAUGCUAAUUAAUUACUUAAAAAUCAUACAACGUGAUUUUCUGGAUUUUUGUUUUAGAUUCCGUCUCUCACAGUUGAAGUGUACCUAUGAUAAAAAUUACAGACCUAUACAUGCUUUGUAAGUAGGAAAACCUGCAAAAUCGGUAGUGUAUCAAAUACUUGUUCUCCACUGUACAUUGAAAAUGUUAUAUAAAAAAAGUAUUGUUGUUUACACUGGAUGAAUGUUUUCCUCUCUCAGGGGAGGUGUACUACGCCUCCAUGCUGGAGGAAAUGGAGAUCGAGGGGCGGGAUUUUGAGGCUGACUCAUGGAGCAUGGCGGUGGACUCGGGCUACCUGCAGACGCAUCGCAAAGACAUCAUCAAGAGACAGGACGUCAUCUAUGGUGAGAGCGGUGACAUGCACUGUACGUCUUGACCCUCUUUCUGUUUGUGGUGAAAAGGUCACGGGCUGGGCGAUGAAAAAGUGGCAACUGCAGGGGCUGCUUGUUUCAGAUCAUGGCCAACAUCCACUGCUAUUGUGCUGUUGAGAAAGGCACUUAACCUUGCAGCUGACCCUGUGCCUCCUCCCAAAUGUGCAUGUGUGGUCUAUGUGUUUCUGGCAGGUGAUGAACAGAGCAAAAUAUUAAUUUCCUUCGCCAGAUGGACAAUCAAAGUUUUAUUAUAUUUUAUCCGUAUGUUACAUGAUUUACUCUUUCUUUGCAUUUUUUGUCUUCCUCAGAACUGAUCCAGACAGAGCUGCACCACGUGCGGACGCUUCGCAUCAUGGAGCGGGUGUUCCGCCAGGGCAUGUUGGAGGAGGUGCAGCUGGAGCCAGGCGUGGUGCAUGCCAUCUUCCCCUGCCUGGACCGCCUCACCGGCAUCCAUGCCCGCUUCCUGGUACAGCUGCUCAACCGGCGCAACCACAGCCUGCAGCCUGGCAGCACCUACAACUUCACUAUCCACCAGCUGGGAGAUGUGCUGCUGGAACAGGUAGGUAGACAGACAUGGACAUUAUACCAACUGCCUUAUGUGAUGUAUACAUUUACCAUCCUAAUUCAUUCUUUGCAAGACCUGAGAAACUAUCUGGCCUUGAUGGUCAUACAGUUGAAGUCGGAAGUUUACAUACACCUUAGCCAAAUACAUUUAAACUCAGUUUUUCACAAUUCCUGACAUUUAAUCCUAGUAAAAAAUCCCUGUCUUAGGUCAGUUAGGAUCACCACUUUAUUUUAAGAAUAUGAAAUGUCAGAAUAAUAGUAGAGAGAAUGAUUUAUUUCAGCUUUUAUUUCUUUCAUCACAUUCCCAGUGGGUCAGAAGUUUACAUACACUCAAUUAGUAUUUGGUAGCAUUGCCUUUAAAUUGUUUAACUUGGGUCAAACGUUUCGGGUAGCCUUCCACAAGCUUCCCACAAUAAGUUUGGUGCAUUUUGGCCCAUUCCUCCUGACAGAGCUGGUGUAAUUGAGUCAGGUUUGUAGGCCUCCUUGCUCGCACACGCUUUUUCAGUUCUGCCCACAAAUGUUCUAUCGGAUUGAGGUCAGGGCUUUGUGAUGGCCACUUUGUUGUCCUUAAGCCAUUUUGCCACAACUUUAGAAGUAUGCUUGGGGUCAUUGUCCAUUUGGAAGACCCAUUUGCGACCAAGCUUUAACUUCCUGACUGAUGUCUUGAGAUGUUGCUUCAAUAUAUCCACAUAAUUUUCCUUCCUCAUGAUGCCAUCUAUUUUGUGAAGUGCACCAGUCCCUCCUGCAGCAAAGCACCCCCACAGCAUGAUGCUGCCACCCCUGUGCUUCACGGUUGGGAUGGUGUUCUUCGGCUUGCAAGAACCCCCUUUUUCCUCUAAACAUAAUGAUGGUCAUUAUGGCCAAACAGUUCUAUUUUUGUUUAAUCAGACCAGAGGACAUUUCUCCAAAAAGUACAAUCUUAGUCCCCAUGUGCAGUUGCAAACCGUAGUCUGGCUUUUUUAUGGCGGUUUUGGAGCAGUGGCUUCUUCCUUGCUGAGCGGCCUUUCAGGUUAUGUCGAUAUAGGACUAGUUUUACUCUGGACAUAGAUAAUUUUGUACCUGUUUCCUCCAGCAUCUUCACAAGGUCCUUUGCUGUUGUUCUGGGAUUGAUUUGCACUUUUCGCACCAUAGUACGUUCAUCUCUAGCAGACAGAACGCGUCUCCUUCCUGAGCGGUAUGAUGGCUGCGUGGUCCCAUGGUGUUUAUACUUGCGUACUAUUGUUUGUACAGAUGAACGUGGUACCUUCAGGCGUUUGGAAAUUGCUCCCAAGGAUGAACCAGACUUGUGGAGGUCUACCAUUUCUUUCUGAAGUCUUGGCUGAUUUCUUUUGAUUUUCCCAUGAUGUCAAGCAAAGAGGCACUGUGUUUGAAGGUAGGCCUUGAAAUACAUCCACAGGUACACCUCCAAUUGACUCAAAUGAUGUCAAUUAGCCUAUCAGAAGCUUCUAAAGCCAUGACAUCAUUUUCUGGAAUUUUCCAAGCUGUUUAAAGGCACAGUCAACUUAGUGUAUGUAAACUUCUGACCCAUUGGAAUUGUGAUACAGUGAAUUAUAAGUGAAAUAAUCAGUCUGUAAACAAUUGUUGGAAAAAUUGCUUGUGUCAUUGUCACGAUCGUUGAGAGACGGGUCAGACCAAGGUGCAGCGUGGUAUGCAUACAUAUUUAUUAAUAAGAAUAAACACUUGACAAAAUAACAAAAACAACGAAAAUGUGAAGUCAUAUGGGCUAUACACACAACAAGCCGAACACAAACAAGAUCCCACAACUAAGGUAGGCAACCAGGCUACCUAAGUAUGAUCCCCAAUCAGAGACAACGAGCGACAGCUGCCUCUGAUUGGGAAUCACACCCGGCCAAACAUAGAAAUACAAAUACUAGAAUCCAACAUAGAAAUACAAUAACAUAGAUCUCAAACUGAACUCACACCCUGACCCAACCAACAAGAGUUAUCUAGGUCAGGGUGUGACAGUCAUGCACAAAGUAGAUGUCCUAACCGACUUGCCAAAACUAUAGUUUGUUAACAAGAAAUUUGUGGAGUGGUUGAAAAAAACGAGUUUUAAUGACUCCAAACUAAGUGUAUGUAAACUUCCGACUUCAACUGUAUGUAAUCUUAACUACACUGUACAGCCAGAGGAGUAUGGGCCUCCCCUGGUUCCUCUUGAGGUUUCUUCCUUCUAGGGAGUUGAUCCUAGCCACUCUGCUUCUGAUUGGUCUUUGGGGUCUAGGCCGGGGUAUUUUAAAUAGAUUUGAUUUGAUUGACGGAUUGAUUGUUUCUCUCAGUUCUCGGGCCAGUGUGCUGACGAGAUGAGGAAGACCUACGCUGAGUUCUGCAGCCGCCACCUGAAGGCUGUCAAGCUGUACAAGGAGCUGCUGGCCAGAGACAAGAGGUUCCAGUACUUCAUACGGGUAAGACAGAGGGGUAGAGAGGGAAAACAAGAGAGAUAGAAUGAGUGAUGAGACUUAAUGCUAUUUUUUACUUCUAAAACUAUGCUUUUUGGAAUGCUUUGGCAGUAUUCACAGAAUGUAUUUCAUGUCAAUAAAAAACCUUGAAUUGAUAUUGAGAGAUGGGGGGGGGGGGGGGACAGAGGGAGAGCUUUUGUGUUUUCCUUAUUUUUGAAUAAACCCACAUUUUUGUCAUCGCUACUAAGGUCUUACUUGCGAUGAUCAUGCUAUUUGGUAGUUUCACAUUCCUUAGUAGAGAGAGAGAGAGUGAGAAAGCGGGCACAGAGAAAGGAAAAUAGGCCAAUGGGAAGUGUGCGUACGCGUGUGUUUACUGGUAAUGAGCGUUCUGAGCGAUAACUGUGAGGAGUUGGUGUUGCAUUACCAUUUACUCUGCUAACCUUGCCUUUUGUUACUGGCACCUUGCCAAUGAAUCAUUUAUACUCUACAAUAUCAUGUGUUAUUUUUACUUUUUCUAUUGUAAAUGGUAUGUUUUAUCUUUUGUUUAGAUUUAAAGCUCUUCAAGCUAGUUGUGAAGUUGAAGUCUCCAGAAUUUCAGUUUAAAAAAUGUUUUGUUCUUGAUUGAAUUACAAAACAUUAAUAUUUGUUUUUUUCCAACCAUCCCUCUGUGUUUGCCGCUUUUCCUGUCUCUCCUCACCUCUUUUUUUUCUUGUUCAUAUUAAUUUCUUCCCUUCUCUUUUUCCUGUUCUUGCACUCUUAUAAACUCUCUUUCACUCUCUUAUCUCCCCUCUCCUUUCCCUCUCGCACGCUUUCCUGCUCUCUUUCACACUAAGUCGUUAUUUAUCUUUCUUACUUUCUCUCUCUCUCCCUUCUGUCUCGUUCACCUUUCAUCUCACUUUCACCCUAUCUUCCUCGCUCUCUGUUCAGCGGGUGUGUCGGGGUCACCUGUUGCGUCGCCAUGGCAUCCAGGAGUGCAUCCUGUUGGUCACUCAGCGCAUCACCAAGUACCCCGUCCUCAUCCAGCGUAUCCUUGACAACACCAAGGGUGAGGAAAAACAGCCCAUUGAUACAAAACCAGGGGCGAGGGUGAUAUAUAAAAGUCAUGCUCACUUUAGACUGAAACAUAUUGUUGGGGGCAGCAAACAGUUACAUGGGGUGUAAAAACAUGUAGCCGAACUAUGCCAGCUUUUUAUAUAAUGAGACGAGGUCCUCAGAACUAACUAAAAACACAGGGUCUUUAAAGUCAAUGAUGGAGCAUGGGAAAAAACAGCACUACCAAUAAUAUGCCAAACCACCUUACAGUGGGGAAAAAAAGUAUUUAGUCAGCCACCAAUUGUGCAAGUUCUCCCACUUAAAAAGAUGAGAGAGGCCUGUAAUUUUCAUCAUAGGUACACGUCAACUAUGACAGACAAAUUGAGGAAAAAAAAUCCAGAAAAUCACAUUGUAGGAUUUUUAAUGAAUUUAUUUGCAAAUUAUGGUGGAAAAUAAGUAUAUGGUCACCUACAAACAAGCAAGAUUUCUGGCUCUCACAGACUUGUAACUUCUUCUUUAAGAGGCUCCUCUGUCCUCCACUCGUUACCUGUAUUAACGGCACCUGUUUGAACUUGUUAUCAGUAUAAAAGACACCUGUCCACAACCUCAAACGGUCACACUCCAAACUCCACUAUGGCCAAGACCAAAGAGCUGUCAAAAGACACCAGAAACAAAAUUGUAGACCUGCACCAGGCUGGGAAGACUGAAUCUGCAAUAGGUAAGCAGCUUGGUUUGAAGAAAUCAACUGUGGGAGCAAUUAUUAGGAAAUGGAAGACAUACAAGACCACUGAUAAUCUCCCUCGAUCUGGGGCUCCACGCAAGAUCUCACCCUGUGGGGUCAAAAUGAUCACAAGAACGGUGAGCAAAAAUCCCAGAACCACACGCGGGGACCUAGUGAAUGACCUGCAGAGAGCUGGGACCAAAGUAACAAAGCCUACCAUCAGUAACACACUACACCGCCAGGGACUCAAAUCCUGCAGUGCCAGACGUGUCCCCCUGCUUAAGCCAGUAUAUGUCCAGGCCCUUCUGAAGUUUGCUAGAGUGCAUUUGGAUGACGCAGAAGAGGAUUGGGAGAAUGUCAAAUGGUCAGAUGAAACCAAAAUAGAACUUUUUGGUAAAAACUCAACUCGUCGUGUUUGGAGGACAAAGAAUGCUGAGUUGCAUCCAAAGAACACCAUACCUACUGUGAAGCAUGGGGGUGGAAACAUCAUGCUUUGGGGCUGUUUUUCUGCAAAGGGACCAGGACGACUGAUCCGUGUAAAGGAAAGAAUGAAUGGGGCCAUGUAUCGUGAGAUUUUGAGUGAAAACCUCCUUCCAUCAGCAAGGGCAUUGAAGAUGAAACGUGGCUGGGUCUUUCAGCAUGACAAUGAUCCCAAACACACCGCCCGGGCAACAAAGGAGUGGCUUCGUAAGAAGCAUUUCAAGGUCCUGGAGUGGCCUAGCCAGUCUCCAGAUCUCAACCCCAUAGAAAAUCUUUGGAGGGAGUUGAAAGUCUGUGUUGCCUAGCGACAGCCCCAAAACAUCACUGCUCUAGAGGAGAUCUGCAUGGAGGAAUGGGCCAAAAUACCAGCAACAGUAUGUGAAAACCUUGUGAAGACUUACAGAAAACGUUUGACCUGUGUCAUUGCCAACAAAGGGUAUAUAACAAAGUAUUGAGAAACUUUUGUUAUUGACCAAAUACUUAUUUUCCACCAUAAUUUGCAAAUAAAUUCAUAAAAAAUCCUACAAUGUGAUUUUCUGGUUGUUUUUUUUCUCAUUUUGUCUGUCAUAGUUGACGUGUACCUAUGAUGAAAAUUACAGACCUCUCUCAUCUUUUUAAGUGGGAGAACUUGCACAAUUGGUGGCUGACUAAAUACUUAUUUUCCCCACUGUAUAUCCUCUCUCUCUCUCUCUCUCUUUCUCUCUCUACCAGACAAUGAAGAGGAGGCCUCCUGUCUGACCCAGUCUCUUACUCAGAUCAGGGAGCUACUCAGCUCAGUGGACCAGCAGGUGCUUUAUUCAUCCAUUUAUACUUUUAUUUACUCAGGUUAUCACUGAGAUCAAUUCUGACGUGCACUAACACCUGUUAUUCAGAUUGACUCCAUUUUGACUUCCCACACUUUAUCUAUAAACCCAUCCUUUUACUCUGAGAAAGUGGCAAUUACAAUGUAUUGCACACUAACACUAUUGUGAACCUGGGUUCUGUUCAUUAGGGCAUGGAAAUGGAUGAUUCUCAGUCCGUUUGCUUCCAUUCAGUGCAUAAUGAACAUGACCCUGCUGUCCAGGUGAUGGAGCUGGAGCGGACCCAGCGGCUUCAGGAGAUCCGGGCCAGGCUGGACCCACGGGCCGAGGCCAAGGUGAGGGACGGGGGCCUGUUCAGGGGAGGAGAGCUGCUCCGCAGGAGACUCUUCCAUGAGGGAACGCUGCUCUGGAAGACCCCUGGGUCCAGGUUCAAAGGUGAGUGUGUGUCAGAUGAAGCUGAGGACAGGCACUUUGUAAUGGCUUGAAUGGAACAGUAUCAAACACAUGGAAACCAGCCUCCACUAGCUCAAUUUGUCAAAGAAGUUUGUACAGUGCCUUCAGAAAGUAUUCAUAGCCCUUGACUACACAGAAUACCCCAUAAUGACAAAGUGAAAACAUGUUUUUAGAAAAAUGUUCUAAUGUAUUGAAAAUGAAAUACAGAAAUAUCUCACUUACAUAAGUAUUCACACCCCUGAGUCAAUACAUGUUAGAAGCACCUUUGGCAGCGAUUACAGCUGUGAGUCUUUCUGGGUAAGUCUCUAAGAUCUUUGCACACCUGGAUUGUGCAACAUUUGCCCAUUUAUUCUUUUCAAAAUUCUUCAAGCUCUGUCAAAUUGGUUGUUGAUCAUUGUUAGACAACCAUUUUCAGGUCUUGCCAUAGAUUUUCAAUUAGAUUUAAGUCAAAACUGUAACUCAGCCAUUCAGGAAUAUUCACUGUCUUUUUGGUAAGUAACUCCAGUGAAUAUUUGGCCUUCUGUUUUAGGUUAUUGCCCUGCUUAACCCUCCCGUUGUCCUAGGGUCAAAAUGACCCGCCACUGUGUUGAACCAACUUUAUUUAAUUUUUACAUUUUUUGGAUCAUUUGUGAGAAGGAGGCAGUGAUACUUUCUUUAAAGUCUCACUGCCUCCUUCUCACAAAUGAUCCCAAAAAUAUAAAAAUUAAAUAAAGUUGGUUCAACACAGUGGCGGGUCAUUUUGACCCUAGGACAACGGGAGGGUUAAAGGUAAAUUCAUCUCUCAGUGUCUGGUGGAAAGCAGACUGAACCAAGUUUUCCUCUAUGAUUUUGCCUGUGCUUAGCUCCAUUGUUUCAUUUUUAUACUGAAAAACUCCCCAGUCCUUAAUGAUUACAAGCAUACCCAUAACAUGAUGCAGCCACCACUAUGCUUGAAAAUACGGAGAGUGGUACUCAGUAAUGUGUUGUAUUGGAUUUGCCCCAAACAUAACACUUUGUAUUCAGGACAAAAGUUAAUUGCUUUGCCACAUUUUUUGCAGUUUUACUUUAGUGCCUUGUUGCAAACAGGAUGCAUGUUUUGGAAUACUUUUAUUCUGUACAGGCUUCCUUCUUUUCACUCUGUCAAUUAGAUUAGUAUUGUGGAGUAACUACAAUGUUGUUGAUCCAUCUUCAGUUUUUUCCUAUUACAGCCAAUAAACUCUAACUGUUUUAAAGUCACCAUUGGCCUCAUAGUGAAAACACCAUCCAAAGUCUAAUUUAAAAUGUCAAAGGGAUAUUCAAUGUCUGCUUUUUUUAUUUUUACCCAUCUACCAAUAGUUGACCUUCUUUGCGAGGCAUUGGAAAACAUUAUUAUUGCACACAGAGUGAGUCCAUGCAACUUAUCAUGUGAUUUGUUAAGCAAAUGUUUACUCCUGAACUUAUUUAGACUUGCCAAAACAAGGGGGUUGAAUACUUAUUGACUCAAGACAUUUAGAUUUUCAUUUUUUAUUAUUUGGUAACAUUUUUGAAAAACAUAAUUCCACUUUGACAUAAUGGGGUAUUUAUUGUGUGUAGGCCAGUGACAACAAAACCCUCAAUUUAAUCCAUUUUAAAUUCAAGCUGUAACAUAACAAAAUGUGGAAAAAGUCAAGGGGUGUGAAUACUUUCUGAAGGCACUGUAGGUGAUGGAACUAUCCCCAAAACAUGUUGCUUACCCAUGUUUUAAAGGAGGUUUUUAUUGUGCGUGUGUACGUUUGUGUGUGUGUGUGUGUGUGUGUGUGUGUUUAGAUGUGCAGGUCCUGCUGAUGACAGACAUCCUAGUGUUCUUACAGGAAAAAGACCAGAGGUUCAUCUUCCCUUGUCUAGUAAGCACACACACACUCUCUAACAUUCACACUCACACACACACACACACACACACUGACAAAUACAUCAAACAAAAAACACUUGAAUAUAGAGAAACUUGUUUCGUCACAAUUGAAUAUACUGUAUGGAUAGGUCAGAGAAUAUAGCAACUCCCCUUCUUUCUCCCCUCUCUCCCUCUCUCCCUCUUUCUCAUCGCAGGACAAGUCUCCGGUCCUCUCCCUGCAGAACCUCAUGAUUAGGGAGAUAGCUAAUCAGGAGCGAGGGCUCUUCCUCAUCAGUGACUCCUCCCCUCCGGAGAUGUACGAAGUCCAUGCUGCCUCGAAAGAUGACAAGAACACCUGGAUACGCCUCAUACAACACACUGUCAGCAGGUAUAUACACACACACACACACACACACACACACAGACACACACACACAGACACAAACCGCUCAUAUACUCACAAUCUUCUCUGUCUCGGCAGUUGUCCUUCCAGGGAAGAGUUCCCACUCAUAGAGACUGAAGACAAGGCCCUUCUGAGACGACUGAAAGGUCAGCAAUGAACACACACACACUCAUACAGAUCUCUAUGUAACGUAGGGAUGGCAAGAUUGCACCGACAGACACGGCGACCCUAUUUCUUACUUUAUUUGCUCAGGACGUUUAUGAUCAUUUCCUAUAACUGACAAGAACUUCUGGACAUUAGAUCGCCUAUCACUCACCACAAAUUCAACUACCCAGACCUGAACCCUUUGUUUUAUAUUCUGGAUAAUUUCUUGAUUUCUUGUUUUGAUUUUUGAUUAUUUGUAUUGUAUUCUACUGCACUGUUGGAACUUGUAAAAUAAGCAUUUUGCUGUACCUGCCAUAACACCUGCAAAUCUGUGUACGCGGCCAAUAAACUUUGAUUAGAUUUUAUGUAGAUAUAAACACACUUGUUUGCACAUAGGAACUCUGUUUCACUUCUUCUCUACACUAUCCUCUGUCUAUCUCUGUCUUCCUUUCUACCUCUCUCCAUCGUUCUUUCUCUAUCAAUCCCUAUCAAUACCUUCUCACUCUGUGUGUAGGAGGACAAGUGUGAAGCCUGCCUCCUACUCAGGCCCAUUGGAGGAGCUCAUCAAACUCUAUAUAUCCAUCUCAGCUUUUCUCUCUCUCAUUUUCACUCUCUCUUGGACUCUCCCAUCUUUCUUGCUCACUUUUACCUUCUAGUCCUGCACCUCUUCUUUUGUUUUUCUCUCCCUUUGUCUCCCCCUCUCUCUCUCGCUCUUCUUCCCUUUCUCGAUAUCUCACCAUCUCUUAUAGCCUACAUCCAACUGAACAAUGUGUGAAUAUGAUUGCCCCCCACUGUUAAGUCAAGAGGUCUUUAGGAAGAUCAUCAAGUCAGUCUUUCCCUCUCUCCCCCUCCUCUUUCCCUACCCCCCUCCAUCCCCCCAUCCCUUCCUAUCUUUCUCUUUCCACUUUCAUCUCUCCUUCCAGCCGACAUCCAGCAGAAGGACCGGGAGGUGCUGGAGCUGCUCCAGGAGCGGGUCACCUUGUUCUUGGACCUGGCUGAGGUGACGGGGGGCCAGGAGGUCAUGCUGCCGGGGGGCCCCAACUCCCGGAACCUGUUCCGGGCCGACACGCCCCAAGCGCCGCUCGGCGAGAGAUUGCUCACUGACGCCAUCACAGAGGGUGAGGGGUUGGUGGAGGGAGUGGGGAGAGUGGGGGGGUGGGAGCAGAGUGAGGGAGAGUAGGGCGAUAGAGAGGUAGGGCAAGGGAGAGCAAGAGAGGUGGAGAGCAAGAGAGUUGUUAAAGGACCAAUGCAGCCGUUUUUGAUCUCAAUAUCAAAUCAUUUCUGGGGAACAAUUUAUUACCUAACAGUUUUCCAUAGAAAUGGUCAGAAAGCAGCAAAAAUAGCUUUUUAGCAAAAAACUAAUUCUCAAGCAAGAGUUUUGCUAGAACUGUCUGGGAGUGGUCUGCAGAGGGACCUAAUUGGAGGGUCCUAAUGGGAAGCAUACGUACCCUGAAGACUAGCUGUUGGCAGAGAGGUUUGGAACUCUCUUUGUUAUUGAUCACCAGGCAAGCCAUAACUCCACCCAUGCAAAACCUGAUGUAAAUUGUAUUUUCAACUAGCAACUAUCAGGAAAUAACACUGAUCAAAUUUGUUCACACUUUUACAGUCUUAGAUUCAUCAGCUGUUGUACAAUAUGAUACAAAACACAGGAAAAACAGAAUUUUGAGUGCACUGGGCCUUUAAGCAGAUUUAGAGAGGGUUAGACUGGAAGAGAGAGGAGAAAGAGGAAGACGGAGAGGGUGAUAAGAGGGAGAGGGAUAUAGGGAGAUGUUGAAACAGAGGAGAGCAAGACUAGAGAGGAAAAGAAGCAGAUGAAGAAGCACAAAUAGCCUGUUUAAAUGCAGAAACGCAACUGCUACUGUGCUUCCACUUAACUGACUGCAACGAUACUUCAAAGUUGAAUUACGGCAGCUAUGAAAGGCCUUGGCAUGUUCUCAGUUGUACUUGGCAAUGCACUUAGUCUAAGCAUCAACUGUCGCUAUUCCUUUACUCACUAUUCAACGGAUGCAUGUGCAAUGUGUUGGCACAAAAUGGCUGCCAGGUGGCUGCUCAGUUGCCAAACAUGCCAUACAUUCCAGAUGACUGACUUCAAAGUUUCCUCCAUAGAAGUCCAUUGGUUGGCUUACAUUAUGGUUUUACUUGACUUGGAACAGUCAAACAGACAUUUGAAUUGUGUACUGUCUGUACAAUUAUAGAUUAGAUGAAUUGUCCUCUGAUAAGGAACUUAUUUUUCAAAGCCUUCCAGCUACAUUUACAUUUACACAAACAGCAAACUAUCAACUCAUCAUCACCCAGACAUUGAUUGACAUGUACAGUUGUGCAGUUCCCUCCCUACAUACAGUGAAGAUGGCAAUGUCUUCAGUGUGGAUAUCAGGUUUAUGAAUAUUCAAUGGUCAAUUUGAAGUGGCUGUCAACCCCUAGGCUAAUGUUGCUCUCAUGGAAUGUCAUUCCUUGAGCACUAUAUCAUAGAAAGUGCUAUAUGCAUGUGAAAUGUCAUGGGGUGCUUUCCUACAUUGAGUCUGGCUUUGAUAGAGUACAUUUGUUUUUCUUGCCUGUCCAUAUGGAAAAUAAUCAUACAAAUCAAAUAAGAAUGUUUGUAUGGCAGAAGAAGAUUAUUUCUACAAAAAUAUUAUAAGUAAUCUAAUAAGUAUCUGGUAAGAUUUAAUGUUUUACCUUAUAUGUCAGUGGUGUAUGUGCUAACUUACAGUACUUUCAGAAAGUAUUCACACCACUUGACUUUUUCAAAAUGUGUUGUGUUACAGUUUGAAUAAAAAAUGGAUUAAAUAUAGAUUUUUUUUGUCACUGGCCUACACACAAUACCCCAUAAUGUCAAAGUGGAAUUAUGUUUUUCGAAAUGUUUACUAAUGAAAAACGUCUUGAGUCAAUUCAACCCCUUUGUUAUGGCAAGCCUAAAUCAGUUCAGGAGUACCAAUGUGCUUAGCAAGUCACAUAAUAAGUUCCAUGGCUCACUGUGUGCAAUAAUAGUGUUUAACAUGAUUUUUUUAUGACUACCUCAUCUCUGUACCCCACACAGUUAUCUGUAAGGUCCCUCAGUCGAGCAGUGAAUUUCAAACACAGAAUCAACCAUAAAGACCAGGGAGUUUUUCCAAUGCCUCGCAAAGAAGGGCACCUAUUGGUAGAUGGGUAAAAAUAAAAAAAGCAGACAUUGAAUAUCCCAUUGAGCAUGGUGAAGUUAUUAAUUACACUUUGGAUGGUGUAUCAAUACACCCAGUCACUACAAAGAUAACAGGCGUCCUUCCUAACUCAGUUGCUGUAGAGGAAGGAAACCGCUCAUGGAUUUCAACAUGAGACCAAUGGUGACUUUAAAACAGUUACAGAGUUUAAUGGCUGUGAUAGGAGAAAACUGAGGAUGGAUCAACAAUGUUGUAGAUACUCCACAACACUAACCUAAUUGACAGAGUGAGAAGAAGGAAGCCUAUACAGAAUAAAAAUAUUCCAAAACAUGCAUCAUGUUUGCAACAAGGCACUAGAGUAAUACUGCAGAAAAUGUGGCAAAGCAAUUAACUUUUUGUCCUGAAUACAAAGUGUUAUGUUUGGGGCAAAUCCAAUACAACACAUUGCUGAGUACCACUCUCCAUAUUUUCACGAAUAGUAGUGGCUGCAUCAUGUUAUGGGUAUGCAUGUAAUCGUAAAGGACUGGGGGUUUUUCAGGAUAAAAAAGAAACGGAAUGGCGCUAAGCACAGGCAAAAUCCUAGAGGGAAAACCUGGUUCAGUCUGCUUUCCACCAGACACUGGGAAAUGAAUUCACCUGUCAGCAGGACAAUAACCUAAAACACAAGGCCAAAUAUACACUGUUGCUUACCAAGAAGACAGUGAAUGUUUCCGAGUGGCCGAGUUACAGUUUUGGUAAGACCUAAAAACGGUUGUCUAGCAAUGAUCAACAACUGAUUUGACAGAGCUUGAAUAGUUUUUUUAAGAAUAAGGGGCAAUUGUUGCACAAUCCAGGUGUGGAAAGCUUUUAGAAACUUACCCAGAAAGACUCACAGCUGUAAUCACUGCCAAAGCUGCUUCUACAAAGUAUUGACUCAGGGGUGUGAAUACCUACGUAAAUUUGAUAUUUCUGUAUUUCAUUUUCAAUACAUUUGCAAAAUUUCUAAAAACAUGUCUUAACUUUGCAAUUAUGGGGUAUUGUGUAUAGAUGGGUGAGAAAAAAAUCAAUUGAAUCCAUUUUGAAUUCAGGCUGUAACACAACAAAAUGUUGAAUAAGAUAAGGGGUAUGAAUACUUUCUGAAGCCUUAUGUCAGUGGUUCUCAAACCCCCAGCAUGAUGGUGGUCAUUUUCCCACAUAAAUAUGGUAUAACAUAUUUGAGACAAAAUAUAUUAACUAUACAGUAUGAGUCAUCAAUUCAUGUUAUAAGAAAAGUGUAUGUCUGACAAUGUAACCUCUACAAAAUAAAUGCUUUCCUUAUGGGUUUCACAUUGUUUCUAUAAGUCAACAUAUAAAAAAACAUGACAAUUACUAUCAGAAAAAUACAAUAUUUGUAGAUACAUUGUCAUUUUCAGGUAUGCGUUUCCAUGGUUAAAAAAACAAUAGGUUGGGCAGAACCUCCUACUGGACAGUUGAUUUAUCUACAGCUAUCCUUUUGGUCUCCAAUUCAGGAGUUUAUCCAAGCCCAGCCCUGCUUAGCUUAGAUAUUUGUCACUGACUACUACCAAUGUGCUAUUGAGAGGAUGAUUGUUGAGAUAUAAAUAUAUUACCAGAUACUUAUUAGAUUACUUAUUAGAUUUUUGUACAAAUAAUCCUCUUCUGCCAUACAAGAUUCUUAUUUAAAUGUUCAUUAAAUAAAAUUGUAUUAAUCUUGUUUGUGUAUUUGCUGCCAUAUGUAUUACUUACAAGUCCAAGUAGAACAUAUACGAAUUUAGUUCGAUUCUUCUAUAUCUUUUCCUUUUGGGCGAUGCCCCGGGUGGGCGGAGAGUUCACUUUAGGACCAAUGGAAUGGUCUACAAUGUAAAAACCUGACCUACCCUGUGUCACCGGUGAGUUGAAAUGUAUGCACCAUACAUUUUGUUAAGGCACUGAUUUUGUGUUGUCUGUCUUUGUGUCUCCCAGUGGAUAGGCUGAGUGAGCUACUGCUGGGCUCCACCUUUGAAAUGCCUCUGCCCUGCAGUUUCAACGGUCACCCGAACCACACGGGGGCGCUAGUGAUCAGUGAGUGACUCCUUUGUGCCAUUGAUUGACAAGUUGUAUAGUAGUCUAGUCUCCAUAGCACUGUGAGCAAUGACCAUUGAGUGACUGUUGUUUGUUUGUAGACGGUCAGGAGGUGGUUGUCAAUGGAACAGACGGGUCACCAGCAGCAAAGGUGAGGUCUUAAUAAUAAUAGUAAUAGCAUGGUCAUUUACUGUGGUCGACCUGGCUUAGAACCAAGGUCUCCCAUGCGCCACAAAGCCAAGCUAAAGCCAUGCGCUGAACUAAAGCCAAGUCCUUAGCUCGGGAAGCUAACAGAAGUCUUCAGGACCCAGGGAAGAUUACUCAUUGUGAGCAUGGUUCACGUGUGGGAAUCAAAUCAAGGUGUGGACUAGCAGUGAAAUGCUUACUUACAGUGAGGGAAAAAAGUAUUUGAUCCCCUGCUGAUUUUGUACAUUUGCCCACUGACAAAGACAUGAUCAGUCUAUAAUUUUAAUGGUAGGUUUAUUUGAACAGUGAGAGAUAGAAUAACAACAAAAAAAUCCAGAAAAACGCAUGUCAAAAAUGUUAUAUAUUGAUUUGCAUUUUAAUGAGGGAAAUAAAUAUUUGACCCCUCUGCAAAACAUGACUUAGUACUUGGUGGCAAAACCCUUGUUGGCAAUCACAGAGGUCAGACGUUUCUUGUAGUUGGCCACCAGGUUCGCACACAUCUCAGGAGGGAUUUUGUCCCACUCCUCUUUGCAGAUCUUCUCCAAGUCAUUAAGGUUUCGAGCCUGACGUUUGGCAACUCAAACCUUCAGCUCCCUCCACAGAUUUUCUAUGUGAUUAAGGUCUGGAGACUGGCUAGGCCACUCCAGGACCUUAAUGUGCUUCUUCUUGAGCCACUCCUUUGUUGCCUUGGCCGUGUGUUUUGGGUCAUUGUCAUGCUGGAAUACCCAUCCACGACCCAUUUUCAAUGCCCUGGCUGGGGGAAGGAGGUUCUCACCAAGAUUUGACGGUACCUGGCGCCGUCCAUCGUCCCUUUGAUGCGGUGAAGUUGUCCUGUCCCCUUAGCAGAAAAACACCCCCAAAGCAUAAUGUUUCCACCUCCAUGUUUGACGGUGGGGAUGGUGUUCUUGGGGUCAUAGGCAGCAUUCCUCCUCCUCCAAACACGGCGAGUUGAGUUGAUGCCAAAGAGCUCGAUUUUGGUCUCAUCUGACCACAACACUUUCACCCAGUUCUCUUCUGAAUCAUUCAGAUGUGUGUGGACCAUGAGGAUUCCUUAGUGACGUGGACACCGAGAAAGUUGAAGCUCUCAACCUGCUCCACUACAGCUCCGUCGAUGUGGAUGGGGGAGUGCUUGCCCCUCUGUUUUCUGUAGUCCACGAUCAGCUCAUUUGUCUUGCUGACAUUGAGGGAGAGGUUGUUGUCCUGGAAACACACUGCCAGGUGAUCAGGCGUACAACCAUCGUGUCGUCGGCAAACUUAAUGAUGGUGUUGAGGUCGUGUGCGGCCACGCAAUCAUGGGUGAAGGUGAACAGGGAGUACAGGAGGGGACUAAGCACGCACCCCUGCGAGGCCCCCGUGUUCAGGGUCACCGUGGCGGAUGUGUUGUUGCCUACCCUCACCACCUGGGGAUACAGUUGUCCAGGAUACAGUUGCAGAGGGAGGUGUUUAAUCCCAGGGUCCUGGGAUGGUGGUCUCAUGCAUGGUUCGGGUUGCUAGCUUCAAAGCGAGCAUAGAAGGUAUUUAGCUCAUCUGGUAGGCUCGCGUCACUGGACAGCGCACGGCUGGGUUUCCAAUUGUAAUCCGUGAUAGUUUGCAGGCCCUGAUUUGUCAUAUGAGUGGCACCACAGAGAUAAAUCAUUCCUGCUAUGAAGGUUAAUUGUGCCAAUAACAUUGCAGACUGAAGUUCAUGGUUAGCUGGCCAUUUUACAAUGUCAUGUCAUCAUCCAGCUUCUUUUCAUCUAAGAUUGAUUUAUGUCUGGUGGCAACAGCCCCAGGUCUGUCAUAAGACAAUAUGGGUGUAGACAACAUCCCUGCCAACAUACUGGUCAACCCAAAUAAACAAAUAUUGAAGACAGAUUAGCAGUUCUAGUCAUUUGUAAUAUAGGCUUAUGAUAGCUUAAAGCUGGGUCAUGUUCAUUAGAGCAGUGGUCGACAGGGCGGGCAGGGAGUCAGUCAUUGCAGACCUUAGAGAGCUUUUAUUUAUAACUUGUCAGAAAUGUCCAGAUCAACUAGUCCAUGUCAGCUAAUUUUUUUGGGCUAGGUUUUUUAGCAUAUUGAUUUUGUUGUUAUGUUUGAGUCACUCAUAUCACAUAAACACAAAUAAGACAUGGCAAAAUGUAUAGAAUUGCAGGAAAUAAACUUUAAACCUGAAAACUGUUAUCUCCACUAACAAGAGGGGUGUGAACAGUUUGUGUCAUAAACAGUGGUUGUGCCCAUAGAAAUAGAGGUGGCGUGCGGGGGACCCUUUGACUUAGCAGUGAGAAACCAAUUUUGUAUUGGUCGCUAGGGUGUCAGUGAAAUAAAUGUAGCUAGUAAUGUUAGUUUUUGGUUCACAAUUAGCUUUUAUUUUUAUUAAUAUUUAUUCAACUAGUAAUGGGUAUGCAACAAUGGGUAUGCAGACCAGGUAUUCAAAAGGUUUGGUCCGAAGUCUUGGUUGAAUGUUUGCAACGCGCAAUUCAGUCAUCAUGCACUGUUUGAAUGAACAUUUCUAAAGGUUUUCCCAAAAAACCUUUCCAAUUAAAGGUUGACUGCAAAGUAGGCCUACCUGGCAGAAUGAUAUCAUAUGAUGAUUUGUAUCAAUUGUGGGCAUUUGCAAACUCUGCCAUCACAUGUAGCCUACACUGUACAUUGUACAGUACAAAAACAAAGCUAGCCAAAGCUAUGUGUGCAAUUGAAUGAAAGAGCAACUACACCCAAAUUAUUAUUGUUUUAUUGUUCCCAGACCUCAGAAGUGGUCUCCUGAUGUGGUUUAAGCAUUGUUGUAGACUAGUAUUCAUAUUUUUAAAAAAGUGAGAUUUUGAGAAUGAAAAUCUUUAAAAAACUAGGAAAACUCUGAAAUCUGGAAAAAUCUAACCGGGAAAACGGGAUUUACCAAAAUAUACAAUUUUUUUAUAGGGCCCAAUAACUGUAGAGUGACUGUUCAAAAUCCCUGACAAUAACACCCUUUUUGAGAUUGCGCAAAGGUUAGAUUUCUCCACUCCAAACAAUCAAUGUAAAUCUGAUAUUGUCAAGUUAAAAUGUAAUUUUGUGUAUGCAUGGUAGGUCAUUAUAGGCUAUAGGCUACUUGUUCAGCCUGCAAAUUAAAUAUAACAUUUAAAUUAUGUGCGCAUCAUCCGCUUUCCCGGGCCAGUAUUUUCUUUUGGGCCAGUAGCUUUCAGUUGGCACUGGCCCGGUGUGUCACGGGCAAAUUUACCUGAAUGUCAAGCCCUGCAAUGGCAUGCUACUUUAAAAGAUGGCUAGUCAUUAUUAGCCUGGUUCUGUAUGGAAUGCCGGUACAUUAUGGAACACAGGUUAGGUCAUCAUUGGUGCGACCAAAUCAUGUGCUGGUGCCAUCAAAUGAAAAAGUUAGUAGCACAAGAGGAAAAAGUUAGUCUAGAGCCCUGGCCCGAGUGAAAAAGUUUGGGAACCACUGCAUUAGGGCAUUUACAAUGGAAAAAAAACAUUGUCCAUGUAGUCCCCGUUUCAGUCCGAUUUCUGUUUGGUGCCUAAUGAACAUGACCUUAUGUUAGAAGUUUCAAGUGAAGGCUUCCGUUAUUCAUGAGUCUUCCACUCUGAGUUUUUAUAGCUUGACAGCUCUGUUUCAAACAGUGCCUUGGAGUAUCCAUGGCAACAUCACAUUUUCGAAUCACCAUUAUUUUCUGAAGCCUGUUUGACAACUCUAUUCUGAAAUGUCCUGAUAAUUAUAGGAAUGCUUCACAAUGAAACCCUACUGGUUUCCUUAGAGAAAUAUUGCACAACCGAGCAAUUGGGGGAGAAGGGCCUUGGUCAGGGAGGUGACCAAGAACCCGAUGGUCACUCUGACAGAGCUCUAGAGUUCCUCUGUGGAGAUGGGAGAACCUUCCAGAAGGACAACCAUCACUGCAGUACUCCACCAAUUAGGCCUUUAUGGUAAAGUGGCCAGACGGAAACCAAGUGACAUUUACUCCUGAUGUACUGACCUGCUGCAACCUCUACAACCACUGUGAUUAUUAUUUGACCCUGCUGGUCAUCUAUGAACGUUUGAACAUCUUGGAGAAAAAUCUGCCCUUAAUGGCCAUGUACUGUUAUAAUCUCCACCCGGCACAGCCAGAAGGGGACUGGCCACCCCUCAGAGCCUGGUUCCUCUCUAGGUUUCUUCCUAGGUUUCUGCCUUUCUAGGGAGUUUUUCCUAGCCACCGUGCUUCUACAUCUGCAUUGUUUGCUGUUUGGGGUUUUAGGCUGGUUUUUUUUAUAGCACUUUGCGACAUCUGCUGAUGUAAAAAGAACUUUAUAAAUACAUUUGAUUUGAAUGCUUAUGUAAAUAAGGUAUUUCUGGGGGGUUUUAAACAGACAUUUGCAUAAAUUUCUAAAAACCUGUUUUUGCUUUGUCAUUAUGAGGUAUUGUGUGUAGAUUGCUGAGGAAUUGUAUUUAUUUAAUCCAUUUUAGAAUAAGGCUGUAACGUAAUAAAAUGUGGAAAAGGCCAAGGGGUCUGUAGUCCCCUGUAGCUCAGUUGGUAGAGCAUGGCGCUUGCAACGCCAGUAUGAAAAAUUUAUGCACUCACUAACUGUAAGUCGCUCUGGAUAAGAGCGUCUGCUAAAUGACUAAAAUGUAAAUACCUCCCCAAGGCACUGUAUUUGCUCUUGAUUGCAUUGGCAUAAUAUUUCUUGUAUGUACUGAUGGUGUAUGUUUUUCAGGAAGUGUAUCAGAGGCUGGUCAACCUUAGUGCCCACCUUCAUGCCCUCCAGGUCAGUGGAUGUGUCUCUGUACCCGACCUGAGUCGAAUACAAAUGUCAAAUAUUUUCUAAUACUUGACUGUAUUUGAAGUGCUCUUUAUUUAGCCGAGUUUGCAUUUUCGGGACUAUUUCAUUGGUUUUAAUAUGCUGAGAAGCUCAAUUAUUUGAGAAUUUGACCCAGAUCUCCUAUAUAUUUACUGUGGACGUUACAGUCCGUGCCAUCUAUGAUGUAGUGUUAAGUUACAGUUAUACAGUAAACCUGCUUAGGCUUCUGCUUGUUUUAAUCUGCUUGAAUAGUAAUGUAUUCUUUUCCUUCAAUGAUCUCACAGUUGAUAAAAUAUGUUCUAUUGUGGCCUCUAUAAAUGUAUUUAUAUCUAUAGCUUGCCCUCUAUGUGCCUUCAUUCCUGCAGACCCGUGGAUCAAACAAAAAUACAAGUUUAUUGGUCGCGUACACAGAUUUGCGGAUGUUAUUGCAGAUGCAGCGAAAUGCUUGUGUUUCUAGUUCCAACAGUGCAGUAAUACCCAGCAAUAAAAAAAAAGCUAUAUACAUAUAUUCCAGAAAUAUAAAAAUAAUAAGUUAUAGGAUGAGCCAUGACUAGAAUACAGUAUAUUCAUAUAAAGUGAAACAGUAUGUAAACAUUAUUAAAGUGACCAGUGUUCAAUGACUAUGUACAUUGGGCAGCAGGCUCUAAGGUCUGCACCUUAGAGACUGCUGCCCUAUGUAUAUAGUCAUUGAACACUGGUCACUUUAAUAAUGUUUACAUACUGUUUCACCCAGGAUGCAGGGUAGAGUACUGGGUGGUAGCCUGCCAGAACAGUGACUAAGGUUCAGGGCAGGGUACUGGGCGGAGGCCAGCUAGUGGUGACUCUUUAACAGUGAUGGCCUGGAGAUAGAAGCUGUUUCUCAAACUCCUGUCACAUGGAGUCAGCAACGCUACCACUAUACCAGUCUCCUCAUAUCGCACUCCAUUCCCUUCUAACUUAUUCUCCUUCUCCUCUCCCAGGGCACCGUGAUCAAGCAGGACUCCAUCCUGGAGCUCUGCCUGCGCUCUAAGGGCCCACCAGUCGACGCCCCGACCACGGCCACCGAACGGGUCUGGCGCUCCCUGUCACGUGACGCGGGCAUGGCCGAGGCCAGCACGGGGGCGGCCAUCGGGGAGCUGGCCCUGCUCCAGAGGCAGCACAGCCUCCUGCAGGAGGAGCUGGGUAGGCUGCGGGGGACCGAGGGCCGCCUGAGGGAUAGCGAAAAGGCCCGCGCCCAGCUGGAGAGGCUGGUCCGCGACAUGAAGGCCCACAGUGCCACCAUGGUGGACAGUAUGGGAACUGAAGGCUCAGAGCAGGUAUAGGCAACUUUGAUGGGGCUGGGGGGGCCACAAAAGAUCUGAUCUCAUCAUGAGGGGCUGCAGUUGCUCGCGGGUCUGUGUACCCACAUACAUCCCCCACCCCCACAUUGCGAGAAAAACAUUUUAGUGACCCCCCUCUUGACAGUGGAGAUAGGGUGGAGAGAAAUGUUUGCAGUUUUUAAUAUGAUAUCUGAAUGAGACUGACUUACAAAAUCAUUCGACCAUGAUCGCCCAUUCGACCAUAACAAGUUUAGCCCAUUCGACCAUGAUAACAAGUUUACAUAGCUGGGUGCUAAACUAAUUUAGCAAUCUAAAAACAAAUUGCUGACAUGGGCUAAUUGACUGAAUAUCAGUGACUGACAACAGAGAAACUGCUGAUGCACAACCAAAUUUUGAAAUUGCACAUAGUGUAUUCUACUAUGCUAACUCGCAACAGUAAGUUGAGACACCAACUCUGACGCUGUGGGUAGUUGCACUUAGCUUAACUAUAGGGGGGUGCACUGAUUUUUUACCAAGGUCAUUGUUGUAGAUGAGAAUCUGAUAAUGGGAAUAUGCUCUCAAUCAUCUGAGUUGAGUUAAUGGCUUCAGAAAGUAUUCAUACCCCUUGACUUAUUCCACAUUUUGUUGUGUUACAGCCUGAAUUCAAAAUGGAUCAAAUAGAUUUUUUCUCACCCAUUUUUUUCUCACCACACAAUAGCCCAUAAUGACAAAGUUUAGCUAAUUUAUUGAACAUGAAAUACAGUAAUAACUCAUUAACAUAAGUAUUCACACCCCUGAGUCAAUAGAAUCACGUUUGGCAGCGAUUACAGCUAAGACUCUUUUUUUGAGUAAGUCUCUAAGAGCUUUGCACACCUGGAUUGUACAAUAUUUGCACAUUAUUCUUAAAACAAUUAUUCAAGCUCUGUCAAGUUGGUUGUUGAUCAUUGUUAGACAGCCAUUUUCAAGUCUUGCCAUAGAUUUUCAAGAAAUAUUUAAGUCUAAACUGUAACUAGGCCACACAGCAACAUUCAAUGUUGUCUUGGUAAGCAAUAUUUGGCCUUGUGUUUUAGGUUAUUGUCCUGCUGAAAGGUGAAUUUGUCUCCCAGUGUCUGUUGGAAAGCAGACUGAACCAGGUUUUCCUCUAGGAUUUUGCCUGAGAUAAGCUCUAUUCCGUUUAUUUUUAUCCUAAAAAAAACUCCCUUGCCGAUGACAAGCAUACCCAUAACAUGAUACAGCCACCACUAUGCUUGAAAAUAUGAAAGGUGGUAAUCAAACAUAACGCAAAACAUAACGCUUUGUAUUCAGGACAUAAAGUUAAUUUCUUUGCCACAUUUUUUUCAGUUUUACUUUAGUGCCUUAUUGCUUUAUUCUGUAGAGACUUCCUUCUUUUUACGCUGUCAUUUAGCUUAGUAUUGUGGAGAAACUACAAUGUUGUUGAUCCAUCUUCAGUUUUCUCCUAUCACAGCCAUUAAACUCUGUAACAGUUUUAAAGUCAUCAUGGCCUCAUGGUGAAAUCCCUGAGCUGUUUCCUUCCUCUCCGGCAACUGAGUUAGGAAGGAUGCCUGUAUCUUUGUAGUGACUGGGUGUAUUGAUACACUAUCCAAAGUUUAAUUAAUAACUUCACCAUGCUCAACGGGAUAUUCAAUGUCUGCUUUUUUACCCAUCUACCAAUAGGUGCCCUUCUUUGCAAGGCAUUGGAACUCCUCCCUGGUCUUUGUGGUUGAAUCUGUGUUUGAAAUGCACUGCUCGACUGAGAGACCUUACAGAUAAUUGUAUGUGUGGGGUAGUCAUUCAAAAAUCAUGUUAAACACUAUUAUACACAACAUUUUUACUCCUGAACUUAUUUAGGCAUGCCAUAGCAAAGGGGUUUAAAACUUAUUGACUCACAACACUUCAGGUUUUCAUUUUUUAUUAAUUUGUAAAAAAUGUAUGAGGUAUUGUGUGUAGGCCAGUGACACAAAAUCUACAUUUAAUCAAUUUUGAAUUCAGGCUGUAACACAGCAAAAUGUGGAAAAAGUCAAGGGGUCUGAAUACUUUCUGAAGGCACUGUAGGUUAUACAUUAGGCAAAUAUAGAAAUAAAGUGUCUGUAGGUUUCAUAAUUGAUUUGGUGUGCCGUUCCACUUGUCAUCUUGCGUAGGCUCCACCCCUUCGCAGAGCAAGUGAAACCAACGCAGACACCCAAUUGGCCAGCCAGGAGUCAAUCGAGCAUUUGGAGGGGCAUCAUGAUGGCAGUGACCUGGAGGUGGAGGUGACAUCAGAUGAGGAGGAGGAGGCCAAAGCAUCACCGCGCUCGGAGAGUCCCCGAGGUGUGUAAAGAGUCUUAGUAAACAACACUUCCAAGUGUAAACAAUGCACCAGAAUAUUAAAGGUCCUGAACAGUCAUUCUGAUUCCCAAGUAAAAUAGCCUUUUAAAUGACUAAAACAUCACCCAUAAUAUUAUUUCUGAUAAAAAUGCUGAAAAUGUGAGAAAAACUAAUUUUUCUCUCGUCAAACUACAAGGAAGUCUGAAAAGACCGACUGAGUGGGCGGGGAGAUGGUAGGCUGAGUGGGCGGGGUGCUCACCUUGACUGGCAUUUUUUUGAAAACGCCUAUGUCAAGCAACAUGGAUGCAAUGAGCAGUGUUGCCAUAAGAUUAUCUCAAACAAAUGUGCUUAUACACAAAGCCACUCAAACAACAUUGAAAUUGCAUGCAAUAUCCAAUCUUGUCAUACAUCACAUCAUGGUUUCACAAAUUAUUUGUUUAUCCAUCUAUUUGGUUAUUGUAAACACCAUCAAUAUAGACAAGAUAUUGGCUGUAUAAUUUAGCUAGCUAGACCAAAUGGAAUUAUCAGCACUGUUUAUCAAGCUAGCUAGCUAGUUCAACUUGGACAAUUUCAGUUGAAACGUUACAGGGUGAGGUCUGGGUACAUUUCAUUAAAUAUAUAUAUACACAAUACCAGUCAAACGUUUGGACACCUACUCAUUCAAGGGUUAUUCUUUAUUUUUACUUUUUUGUUUUACAUUGUAGAAUAAUAGUGAAGACAUCAAAACUAUGAAAUAACACAUAUGUAAUCAUGUAGUAACCAAAUCAAAAUAUAUUUUAUUUAUACGAUUCUUCAAAUAGCCACCCUUUGCCUUGAUGACAGCUUUGCACACUCUUGGCAUUCUCUCAUCCAGCUUCACCUGGAAUGCUUUUCCAACAGUCUUGAAGGAGUUCCCACAUAUGCUGAGAACUUGUUGGCUGCUUUUCCUUCACUCUGCCGUCCGACUCAUCCAAAACCAUCUCAAUUUGGUUGAGUUCGGGGGAUUGUGGAGGCCAGGUCAUCUGAUGCAGCACUCCAUCACUCUCCUUCUUGGUAACAUAGCCCUUACACAGCCUGGAGGUGUGUUGGGUCAUUGUCCUGUUGAAAAACAAAUUACAGUCCAACUAAACCCAAACGAGAUGGGAUGGCGUAUCACUGCAGAAUGCUGUGGUAGCCAUGAUGGUUAAGUGUGCCUUGAAUUCUAAAUAAAUCACAGACAGUAUCACCAGCAAAGCACCCCCACACCAUAACACCUCCUCCUCCAUGCUUUACAGUGGGAACUACACAUGCGGAGAUCAUCCGUUCACCCACACCGCGUCUCACAAAGACACAGCAGUUUGAACUAAAGAAAUCUCAAAUUUGGACUAAAAUAUAAACGCAACAUGCAACAAUUUCAACGAUUUUACUGAGUUACAGUUCAUAUAAGGAAAUCAGUCAAUUGAAAUACAUUUGUUAGGCCUUAAUCUAUAGAUUUCACAUGACUGGACAGGUUGCGCAGAGUGUGCAAAGCUGUCAUCAAGGCAAAGGGUGGCUAUUUGAAGAAACUCAAAUAUAAAAUAUAUUUUGAUUUGUUUAACACUUUUUUAGUUACUACAUGAUUCCAUAUGUGUUAUUUCAUAGUUUUGAUAUCUUCAGUAUUAUUCUACAAUGUAGAAUAUAGUAAAAAAUAAAGAAAAACCCUUGAAUGAGUAGGUGUGUCCAAACUUUUGACUGGUACUGUGUAUGUACAGUGGCUUGCGAAAGUAUAUGUCUCUAUAAACUUGGCACAUCUAGCCACUGGGAUUUUUGCCCAUUCUUCAAGGCAAAACUGCUCUAGCUCCUUCAAGUUGGAUGGGUUCCACUGGUGUACAGCAAUCUUUAAGUCAUACCACAGAUUCUCAAUUGGAUUGAGGUCUGGGCUUUGACUAGGCCAUUCCAAGACAUUUAAAUGUUUCCCCUUAAACCACUCGAGUGUUGCCUUAGCAGUAUGCUUAGGGUCAUUGUCCUGCUGGAAUGUGAACCAACGUCCCAGUCUCAAAUCUCUGGAAGACUGAAACAGGUUUCCCUCAAGAAAUUACCUGUAUUUAGCGCCAUCCAUCAUUCCUUCAAUUCUGACCCGUUUCCCAGUCCCUGCUGAUGAAAAACAUCCCCACACCACCAUGCUUCACUGUGGGGAUGGUGUUCUCGGGGUGAUGAGAGGUGUUGGGUUUGCGCCAGACAUAGCGUUUUCCUUGAUGGCCAAAAAGCUCAAUUUUAGUCUCAUCUGACCAGAGUACCUUCUUCCAUAUGUUUGGGGAGUCUCCCACAUGCCUUUUGGUGAACACCAAACGUGUUUGCUUAUUUUUUUCUUUAAGCAAUGGCUUUUUUCUGGCCACUCUUCCGUAAAGCCCAGCUCUGUGGAGUGUACGGCUUAAAGUAGUCCUAUGGACAGAUACUCCAAUCUCCGCUGUAGAGCUUUGCAGCUCCUUCAGGGUUAUCUGUGGUGUCUUUGUUGCCUCUGAUUAAUGCCCUGCUUGACAGGUCCGUAAGUUUUGGUAGGCGGCAAACUCUUGGCAGGUUUGUGCCAUAUUCUUUCAAUUUUUUUAAUAAUGGAUUUAAUGGUGCUCUGUGGGAUGUUCAAAGUUUCAGAUAAUUUUUUAUAACCCAACCAUGAUCUGUACUUCUCCACAACUUUGUCCCUGACCUGUUUGGAGAGCUCAUUGGUCUUCAUGGUGCCACUUGCUUGGUGGUGCCCCUUGCUUAGUGGUGUUGCAGACUCUGGGGCCUUUCAGAACAGGUGUAUAUAUACUGAGAUCAUGUGACACUUAGAUUGCACACAGGUGGACUUUAUUUAACUAAUUUUGUGACUUAUGAAGGUAAUUGGUUGCACCAGAUCUUAUUUAGGGGCUUCAUAGCAAAGGGGGUGAAUACUUAUGUACGCACCACUUUUCAGUUAUUUAUUUUUUAGAAUGUUUUGAAACAAGUUAUUUCACUUCACCAAUUUGGACUAUUUUGUGUAUGUCCAUUACAUGAAAUCCAAAUAAAAAUCAAUUUAAAUUACAGGUUGUAAUGCAACAAAAUAGGAAAAAACGGCAAAAGGGAUGAAUACUUUUGCAAGGAACUGUAGGUAUGUACAGUUGAAGUCGGAAGUUUACAUACACUUAGGUUGGAGUCAUUAAAACUCGUUUUUUCAACCACUCCACAAAUUUCUUGUUAACAAACUAUAGUUUUGGCAAGUCGGUUAGGACAUCUACUUUGUGCAUGACACAAGUCAUUUUUCCAACAAUUUUUACAGACAGAUUAUUUCACUUAUAAUUCAAUGUAUCACAAUUCCAGUGGGUCAGAAGUUUACAUACACUAAGUUGACUGUGCCUUUAAACAGCUUGGAAAAUUCCAGAAAAUAAUGUCAUGGCUUUAGAAUCUUCUGAUAGGCUAAUUGACAUAAUUUGAGCCAAUUGGAGGUGUACCUGUAGAUUUAAUUCAAGGCCUACCUUCAAACUCAGUGCCUCUUUGCUUGACAUCAUAGGAAAAUCAAAGUAAAUCAGCCAGGACCUCAGAAAUAAAAUUGUAGACCUCCACAAGUCUGGUUCAUCCUGUAUAAACAAUAGUACGCAAGUAUAAACACCAUGGGUCCACGCAGCCGUCAUACCGCUCUGGAAGGAGACGCGUUCUGUCUCCUAGAGAUGAACGUACUUUGGUGCGAAAAGUGCAAAUCAAUCCCAGAACAACAGCAAAGGACCUUCUGAAGAUGCUGGAGGAAACAGGUACAAAAGUAUCUAUAUCCACAGUAAAACAAGUCCUAUAUCGACAUAACCUGAAAGGCCGCUCAGCAAGGAAGAAGCCACUUCUCCAAAACCGCUAUAAAAAACCCAGACUACGGUUUGCAACAGCACAUGGGGACAAAAAUCUUACUUUUUGGAGAAAUGUCCUCUGGUCUGAUUAAACAAAAAUAGAACUGUUUGGCCGUAAUGACCAUCGUUAUGUUUGAAGGAAAAAGGGUGAACGGCUUGCAAGCCAAAGAACACCAUCCCAACCGUGAAGCACGGGGGUGGCAGCAUCAUGCUGUGGGGGUGCUUUGCUGCAGGAGGGACUGGUGCACUUCACAAAAUAGAUGGCAUCAUGAGGAAGGAAAAUUAUGUGGAUAUAUUGAAGCAACAUCUCAAGACAUCAGUCAGGAAGUUAAAGCUUAAAGAUGCAAAUGGAUCUUCCAAAUGGACAAUGACCCCAAGCAUACUUCCAAAGUUGUGGCUAAAUGGCUUAAGGACAAGAAAGUCAAGGUAUUGGAGUGGCCAUCACAAAGCCCUGACCUCAAUCCUAUAGAAAUGUGUGGGCAGAACUGAAAAGGCGUGUGCGAGCAAGGAGGCCUACAAAUCUGACUAAAUUACACCAGCUCUGUCAGGAGGAAUGGGCCAAAAUUCACCCAACUUAUUGUGGGAAGCUUGUGGAAGGCUACCCAAAACGUUUGACCCAAGUUAAACAAUUUAAAGGCAAUGCUACCAAAUACUAAUUGAGUGUAUGUAAACUUCUGACCCACUGGGAACGUGAUGAAAGAAAUAAAAGAUGAAAUAAAUCAUUCUCUCUACUAUUAUUCUUACAUUUCACAUUCUUAAAAUAAAGUGGUGAUCCUAACUGACCUAAGACAGGGAAUUUUUACUAGGAGUAAAUGUCAUGAAUUGUGAAAAACUGAGUUUAAAUGUAUUUGGCUAAGGUGUAUGUAAACUUCCGACUUCAACUGUAUGUUUGUAUGUGUGUGUGUGUGUGUGUGUAUGUAUGUACAGUGAGGGAAAAAAGUAUUUGAUCCCCUGCUGAUUUUGUACGUUUGCCCACUGACAAAGAAAUGAUCAGUCUAUAAUUUUAAUGGUAGGUUUACUUGAACAGUGAGAGACAGAAUAACAACAAAAAAAUCCAGAGAAACGCAUGUCAGAAAUGUUAUAAAUUGAGUUGCAUUUUAAUGAGGGAAAUAAGUAUUUGACCCCCUCUCAAUCAGAAAGAUUUCUGGCUCCCAGGUGUCUUUUAUACAGAUAACGAGCUGAGAUUAGGAACACACUCUUAAAGGGAGUGCUCCUAAUAUCAGCUUGUUACCUGUAUAAAAGACACCUGUCCACAGAAGCAAUCAAUCAAUCAGAUUCCAAACUCUCCACCAUGGCCAAGACGAAAGAGCUCUCCAAGGAUGUCAGGGACAAGAUUGUAGACCUACACAAGGCUGGAAUGGGCUACAAGACCAUCGCCAAGCAGCUUGGUGAGAAGGUGACAACAGUUGGUGCGAUUAUUCGCAAAUGGAAGAAACACAAAAGAACUGUCAAUCUCCCUCGGCCUGGGUCUCCAUGCAAGAUCUCACCUCGUAGAGUUGCAAUGAUCAUGACAACGGUGAGGAAUUAGCCCAGAACUACACGGGAGGAUCUUGUCAAUGAUCUCAAGGCAGCUGGGACCAUAGUCACCAAGAAAACAAUUGGUAACACACUACGCCUUGAAGAACUGAAAUCCUGCAGCGCCCGCAAGGUCCCCUUGCUCAAGAAAGCACACAUAAAUGCCCGUCUGAAGUUUGCCAAUGAACAUCUGAAUGAUUCAGAGGAGAACUGGGUGAAGGUGUUGUGGUCAGAUGAGACCAAAAUGGAGCUCUUUGGCAUCAACUCAACUCGCCGUGUUUGGAGGAGGAGGAAUGCUGCCUAUGACCCCAAGAACACCAUCCCCACCGUCAAACAUGGAGGUGGAAACAUUAUGCUUUGGGGGUGUUUUUCUGCUAAGUGGACAGGACAACUUCACCGCAUCAAAGGGACGAUGGACGGGGCCAUGUACCAUCAAAUCUUGGGUGAGAACCUCCUUCCCUCAGCCAGGGCAUUGAAAAUGAGUCGUGGAUGGGUAUUCCAGCAUGAAAAUGACCCAAAACACACGGCCAAAGCAACAAAGGAGUGGCUCAAGAAGAAGCACAUUAAGGUCCAGGAGUGGCCUAGCCAGUCUCUAGACCUUAAUCCCAUAGAAAAUCUGUGGCGGGAGCUGAAGGUUCGAGUUGCCAAACAUCAGCCUCAAAACCUUAAUGACUUGGAGAAGAUCUGCAAAGAGGAGUGGGACAAAAUCCCUCCUGAGAUGUGUGCAAACCUGGUGGCCAACUACAAGAAAUGUCUGACUGUCACGUUCGUUCAAGGACGGGUCAGACCAAGGCGCAGCGUGAAAUGCGUACAUGUUUAUUAAACUUAUAAACACACGACAAAACAAUAAACAAACUAAACGUGAAGUCCUAAGGUUGAACACACAACAAACCUAUACACGGAACAAGAUCCCACAACUAACUAGUGCCAAUAGGCUGCCAAAGUAUGAUUCCCAAUCAGAGACAACGAGCGACACCUGUCUCUGAUUGGGAAUCACACCCGGCCAAACAUAGAUAUACAACACCUAGACUGCAACAUAGAAAACACAACAUAGAAUAUACCCACCCUGACUCAACAUAUAAGAGUCCCCUGAGUCAGGACGUGACACUGACUUCUGUGAUUGCCAACAAGGGUUUUGCCACCAAGUUCUAAGUCAUGUUUUGCAGAGGGGUCAAAUACUUAUUUCCCUCAUUAAAAUGCAAAUCAAUUUAUAAUAUUUUUGACAUGCAUUUUUCUGGAUUUUUGUUGUUGUUAUUCUGUCUCUCACUGUUCAAAUAAACUUACCAUAAAAAUUAUAGACUGAUCAUUUCUUUGUCAGUGGGCAAACGUACAAAAUCAGCAGGGGAUCAAAUACUUUUUUCCCUCACUGUAUAUAUUGACUGCCAGGCAUGUCUCUUGAUGUAAUGACAUGACAACUGUUUCUGGGCUUUGGGCAACCCUUCCCCCUCUUUUGUUCCAUGCUGGCUGAAGACCUAGCUAGCCAGUAUACUAGCUAACACCAGACACGGAUGAAAGCGGAAACCAAUAAGUAUCUUUGCCUGAGAUUAAUAGGGGAAACCUGUAAUUUGCUAAAACACUUUAGUCACAUUUUGGCACCAGCUGCGCGUUUCACCAGCCUGCGUAAAAACGUUAGUCUUAAAUGGUUGGACGGUCGUAGCUACGUCCAAUGUUGUGAUCAGAAUUUACACCUGUUGCAUCAACCCAAAAUAAGACUAGUCGUAGCUAAAUCCGGCGUAAGCAAUGCGUGCUCAUGAGAUUAGAAGAUUCAUAAUGAUGGUUGCUAGGCAGCGCUCGUUGCUUAGCUACAAUCAGUAACGGGAUAGCUACCGUAUUUGGCGCAAUGGAAGCUAAUAAAAGAAAACUGUACUUUUCAGACUCUGAAAUAAGAAGGACCGUAGAGCUGUAGCAAACGUCGAGCAAUGAUGAAUGCUAAGUUCAAUAGCACCGCUACAAACAGAAAACAUAAAUAUAUAACCUGGAAGCUUAUAACUAGUAAAGUAAAUGAGGAGAGCGGGGAGCUUGGCUGCAGGUCAGUGGAAGAUGUGUGCAAGAAAUGGAAAGAUCUCAUGACGAGCGCAAGAAAAGAUGCUGGUACCCUGAAAAACCCACCUACGGGAGGAGGUCCUUCUCCCAAAAUAUCGCCAUACAGCGAUAUUAUAGUUGAUAUAUUUGGAGCAGAAUCCCCUGCCUUCACGCGCAUUAACCCACUCACCCACCCAGCAUGA